AAUACUGGCAACAGCAGGGGCCCACAUGAACAUACCAGUGGAUCUGCGGACCCUGAGGGCGGUGAGAGUCCUGAGGCCCCUUAAACUGGUCUCUGGGAUCCCAAGUGAGUACAGUCAAUAUCUACCAGAAUAUCAAUAGCAUUUACAGUGUCAUAAUACCUCAAUAUGUAACUUUCUAUAAUGUCUAAUUCUCACGUGUGUGUGUUGUUUUUUUAAUCAUUAGGCUUGCAGAUCGUGCUGAAGUCCAUCAUGAAGGCCAUGGUGCCCCUGCUCCAGAUCGGUCUGCUCUUGUUCUUCGCCAUUCUUAUGUUCGCCAUCAUCGGCCUGGAGUUCUACAGUGGGAAGCUACACCACACCUGUCUACCUACUGCUGACAUCCUUGGUAGGAACAUACCCCAGUCUCCCUCACACUCUCUGUAUUUCAUAUACUACCCCACACUCCGUCAUACUCUCUCUCUAUCCAAAACCUCUUUGCCCACUUCUACCUCUAUCCCUUGAAGAGGUUCCCUUCCCCUAUGUGUUCCAUUUUCGCAGGCUCCUCAUCUCUAUUAUACCGUAUUUGACAAUCUCUCUCUCUUUCUCUCUGUCGCGCUCUCCCCCCUGCACCAUCAUUAACGUCUUAGACUCUAAAGAAUUAAAGGGUGCAUGGUGGGUGGAAGAAUUAACCAACAAAUCUAUGGAUAUAGCAGCCUAUAGCCUAAUUUCGUCUGUCAAACAGGUAGGUCUACCUCUUAUUCCUUAAAUAGGAAGAAAUAGGCUCCAAUACAAAACCCUCUUAUUGUUAGUAAAGUCUAAUUAAAAUUAAGACUGUUGCAAUAUAUUAUGCCUACUAGAAUUUGACUACUUUCAGCACCAUGAGCUGUCCAUUUUUGAUUGAUUGUGCCACGGCUGUGUCACACUCGUCAAACACAGUGGACCAAGGCUCAGCGUGAUAUGCGAACAUACUUUUAUUUAUAUUCACCCACACGAACAAAACAACAAAACGAUACGUGAAGUCCACAGGUUCACAAACACAAACCUACACGGAACAAGAUACCACAAAACACUGUGGAAAGCAGGCUGCCUAAGUAUGGUUCCCAAUCAGAGACAACAAGCAACAGCUGACACUCGUUGCCUCUGAUUGAGAACCACCCCGGCCAACACAGAAACACAUGAGCUAGAUAAAGAACCUAGAACACAAACAUAUAGAAACUACACACCCUGGCUCAACAUAACAGAGUCCCAGAGCCAGGGCGUGACAGGCUGCUGCUUCAAGUUUCAGCACCCCAAUGUACAUUAAGUUCUGGCUUAUUGUGAGGUCAAUAUCUUUAAUAAAAACAUCAGGGGCAAGAAACAUAUUGUUUUUAAUCAAACCAAUUAUAGUAGUAGCAAGCCAUCAAAGUUUACCUCUGGUCCUCCUUCUCAUCUUCACGCUCUCCUUCUCAAACUGAACAGAACAUAGGCUAUAGGCUAGUCUGCGCAAGAUUUUGGUAGAAGCCUUUGACUCUCCUCCUGAACUGCCACCGUAGGCCUACACAGCACAGCCAUUGGUUAGGCAGAACACACAACCGUUUUAAGAUAAGCAGGAGCAGAGCAGGCCGGGGCUCAGGGUUGGGAUAUCAAUUUCUGUGUGUAAAACAGCCUAGUUUAAUUUACACCAUCCCAGCAGCUAUCUUAGAAAUAUAACUUUGCUCUGUGCUUCUCCGAGCAUGCACUGCGUAGCCUAUAGCAUAUAGGCUAAUUUGAUUGAGACCACACUAAAUAGCCUAUAGGUGCACUUGAUAUUGCACACCCAGCGGAGAAUCAGAGAUGAUAUAUAUCGACACACAUCGAUAUAUAGCCAAAUAAGCAACUAAUUCUAAAACACUGAGAAAUAUUGAAAUGUCAUCAAUUACACUAGAUUUUAAAUAUACUAAACCCUCCCCUUGACUGAAAUUGAACAUGACACUCCCCCAUUUUCCUCCAGGUAACCGUUCUGUAAAUUGCGAUCCGUCCCUUAGUAUGCCCAACUGGGCUGCCUAGCUACCUUUUCAUGAUCCAACAAUGAUUACUCUGUAAUCACACAAGCCAAAUAUAGUAUUUUAUUAAAUAUGGUUUGACACAGUCAGAUAUGAUCUCUCCAGAAACUUGUAUUUCUCAACCCUCAAUUCACGAAGCAGCACUGACCCCUGGGAUGUUGGUGACCAGUCCCUGAGAUGGUUAGCUGAAACAGAUUCAGUCAGUUUUCAAGUGCCAGUUUUUAAUCUAAGUGGUCCUCGAAGGAGGAAGGAUCACAGCUCUCCUGUUGUAAUUAAGGUUGACGCUCUAGACAUCCGCUACUCCUAAACCCUAUUGCCCUCUUAAAGAGCAAUCUGCAUUUCAAACAAAAACAAAGCGGCAACCCUACCACUGUUUUGGUAAACAGCUGAGGGAUGAGGCUGGAGAAAUGUAACCACUCUCAAAUUCAUAGACAGAGCUAUGGAUGCCAUGACUGACCAUCCAUGAUAUCAAAAUGAUUGUUUUAACAAUGUUUUGAGGCUAUACAGUGUGUGUUCUCAAUUACCUUGUUUACAAACAAUGGAGUAUCAUAUUUUACAUUUAGCAGAAGCUCUUAUCCAGAGCGACUUGCAAGCGCCAUGCUCUACCAACUGAGCCACACGGGAUCUAAGUAAAACAAGGUUAUAUUUUGGGUUCAGAUGGGCAACGACAGUUGAACUAAGUUAAUGGGGUAUUUAUAAGUUAUAUUCUUCAAGAAUCAAUGGGUAUAUAUAAUUCAUUUAAAGGGUCAAAAUUGGAUGUACCAACUGCAGAUUGCCCCUUUGAGGAAAAGGUCUGAUGCGGCGCUAAUGUAAUCAAACAAUGAAAAAGCUGCCACACUGUGUUGCUAGUUUUGUGUAGCUCAGUUGGUAGAGCAGGAUUGUGGGUUCGAUUCCCACGGGGGACCAGUAUGAAAAAAGUAUGAAAAUGUAUGCACUCACUACUGUAAAUUGCUCUGAGAAAGAGCUUCUGCUAAAUGACUAAAAUGUACAUGUGUAGAAAGUAACAAGCUACCUACACUUUAACCACCCCUGCCUUGUCCUGUGUUAGAAAAUGAGACGAUGGAUACGACCGAGGUGGAGUUUGCGUGUGGAGUGAGGAAGUGUCCGGAGAAGUAUGACUGUAUUGGGUCAUGGAUUGGCCCCAACAACGGCAUCACCCAGUUUGACAACAUCCUGUUCGCUGUGCUCACUGUCUUCCAGUGCAUCACCAUGGAGGGAUGGACAGCUGUACUCUACAAUGUGAGAACAGAUCACCCAAAGUAUUUAAAAAAAACUAUUUUUAAGGUAGAGACAUUGAAGUAAGGGAUAAUCAACGAGGGGCUAUGAAGUCCUGUGGAAAUAACCCACGAUGUGCGGGUGUGAUGCGUCCCCGAUGCACAGCAUUGUGGCACAGCUUCCGCGUUGUGCUUUAUUUCCAGAGAACGCAUAGCCCCUUGUUCUUACAUAGAACUCUUUAGCAGUGAAGCGUUUGUCUGUACCUGUAUUUAUGUACCCUAUACAUGUCUAUUGUACGUCCGUUAGACCAACGAUGCCUUGGGCUCUAUGUGGAAUUGGAUGUACUUUAUUCCUCUCAUCAUCAUCGGCUCAUUCUUCGUGCUCAACCUGGUGUUGGGAGUCCUCUCUGGGUGAGUAAAUAAAAGCUGUGUGUGUAUGCAUGUAUGGGGCGGCAGGUAGCUUAGUGGUUAAGAGCGUUGUGCCAGUAACCGACUAGGUGAAUAAAUCUGUCGAUGUGCCCUUGAGCAAGGCAUUUAACCCUAAUUGCUCCUGUAAGUCGCUCUGGAUAAGCGCGUCUGCUAAAUAUGUAAAAUGUAUGUGUGUGUGUGUGCGCGUGCAAGUUUGUGUGUGAUUUUAUGAGGGUUUUGGAAGGGGAAACAAUGGAUUGCCUCAUGUCCUGCGUGUGUAGGGAGUUUGCCAAAGAGAGGGAGCGGGUGGAGAACAGGAGAGCCUUCAUGAAGCUGAGACGUCAACAGCAGGUGGAGAGAGAACUCAACGGUUACAGAGCCUGGAUAGACCGAGCAGGUACUGUACUGUUACCUUACAGCCACCACCAACCGAGAGAUAACUACGUAAGAUGCUAAAAUUAAUAUAUUAUAAGAUCCAAGUGGUGAUUUGGUUGAAGUAGAUAAAGAUGCAAAAAUGAAUAUAUUAUAAGAUCCAAGUGUUGAUUUGGUUGAAGUAGAUUAUGUUAAUUUUGCUAGCUGCUGUGUUGCCUUUGAGAUGGCUCUGCUGUGAUGGAGCUACCUGGUGAAUAUGUGGAUGGAGCUACCUGGUGAAUAUAUGGAUGGAGGGUGACUUUGUGACGCUACAGUGCUAUAAUGGCAAUCUACAGUAUCUUUCUCCCACGCAAGUAGAGGUUGAGAGGAAGGUGAUGCGGACUCAUUGACUCAAGUGUAAAUGUGUGAGUGCGAGUCUGUGCAUAUCUAUGUGUGUGAGCGUGUGUGCAUCCGUGUGUGUGUGUGCACUCAUCCGUGUGUGUGCGCUCAUUCGUGUGUGUGCGUGCACAUCCACGUAUCCGUGUGUGUGUGUUUGAAUGUAUGCAUUAGUCAUAGAAAUCAAUGUGUUCCCUCUCUGCAGGGCGUCAUCAGGGCCCUGAAAGAGAAAAGUUAGCUGCCAGGCGAGCGCUGGAUGAGCUCUCACCUGAUGAUGAGUUUCUCCCUCUCUCAGAGCAUCAACACUAUGCGACGCUAUGCAUUCAGCCCAAAUACUCACCUUUGUAAUGCAAAUAAAAUCAUUUCAAUAUUACAUUUAAACAGGUUAGCCCCAUGAUUUGCUCACGAUCUUCUGAGAGCGCUAAGGGAGAGAGAGAAAGCCCUGUUUAUGUUUCAGGAGCACUUUAUGAUGGACUGUGAAUUCACUACGUGUGGAUGACAAUGAAAUGUGUUCAUCCCAAUGUUUCAGAGGAGGUGAUGCUGGCUGAGGAGAACAAGAAUUCAGGGAGAUCUGCUUUAGAUGGUAAGAACCAGAAGACACAAUUCAUUGAGAGGAGUCACCACCACAAUGGUGUAUUCAAUUGUGCUGAAGUCCUUUCCUCCCACAUUCACUACCCUUACAACAGUAAAUCCUUAUGUAAUGGGGAGUCAGUGUGCUGCUAAGAGCUUUGCUUCCUCCACUGUCCAAAUGCCCCUUACUGGGCUUGAACCAGUGAUCCUCUGCUUUGCAACACACGUGAUUGCCCUCCUUGACAACGUUCCAGCGGUGUUGGCUACCAGAAAAUAUCUAAGUCGAUAGCUCAAUCUGCGACAUUUCAAGCUUGCUGUGGAGGGAGUUUACAGUACCUUCUUAACUUCGUUAUACGUACAACAGUACAGUACAAUGUUUUUGAAUGUUCUAUACCAUGUUCCGCAAUUGUUCCACAACCUGCCUCUCUCCAUCCUGCACUUUAAACUCCAGUUGUAAACAAAGGCAGCCAUUUUGUUCCUCUUUGACCUCCAUUAGCUUAGAGCUGCUGCAGACAAUUGAAAAUGGCAGUGAAAAGGCUAAACCUCUUUCAGAGGAAAAUAUACCAUAAAACCCUCAAGAAGUUAAUUUGCUUUGAUUACUGUGUGAACAUCGCGGUUGUUUUGGUAACAGCAAGGUGAAAAAUGCUUGGCGCACGCCUGUAGGGCUAUAUCGUCUGUCAACAAAGUCUUGUUGUAUCAUGUUUUUGUGAGUCUCACUCCUUUUUGGAAAACGAAAAUGGUUCAUAUGACACUUUCAUUUACACCAUACCUAAUCAACCUAUCAAAAAGUCCCAAACAAUAAAGCCACAUUUAAUUGGCUCUUCCUCCUUCCUCUCAUUGUUCAGAGGAUUUCAGUCAGUUUGCCCUGAAAGUUAGUAUGUCAACAUUACCAUUUCCUUCCAUUAAUAUAUAAUUAUCUCUAUUUAUAACUAGUUUGUUGUUCCCUAUGGACCAAAUGGCUGGCAAGUGAAAUUUGUUGUGUCAUUAUGCUUAUAAGCAUCUGUUGUUCUAUGUCAGUCUAUCUAUGCUGUUAGAGACAUUCUCUGUUUGUUCAAAUUUUCUGUCGUGUGUGUAUUCAGUGCUGAAGCGGGCCACCAGUAAAAAUGCUAAGCGUAGAGGUGUUCCUGGGGAUGCAGAGAUCUCCACUAUAGGUGAGAGAGGAACACACAGCCCAGAUCCUCAUAUCUAGGCGUCUUACUGUCUUUCUCCCUAACUUAAAUUCUGGUCUCUUUCCCCUAUAUCUACUGUAUUUGACCCCUAUUUGACAUAUUUAUAAUUUUCUACACCCUUUCUCUCUCCUCUCCAACCCUGACCGUUUUCUUUCUCCAUAUCCUUUCUCUCGCUCACUUUCUUUCUAUUUACUCAACCUCUCUUCUCAUUCUUCCUGCCCCAGGAGCACCUCGUAUGCGGAUCCGUACAGUGCGGCGUGGCCCGGUAGCGUAUAUACGUCGUAAGGAGCGUAUGCUGCGUAUCUCACUGCGGCGCAUGGUGAAGACCGACACCUUCUACUGGACCGUCCUCAGCCUGGUGGCUCUCAACACCAUCUGUGUGGCCAUCGUACAUCACAACCAGCCCAAAUGGCUCUCCACCUUCUUGUGUACGUCUGUGCUGGACUAUCAAUCAACCGAUCAAUUAAUCAAAAUGUGUCUAUAUAGCCCUUUUUACAACAACGAUUGCACAUUCAGAAAAAACUCCUGGUCCUAAGUAUAGGCUAUGUAGGGCAUUUACAGUUAUAGUAGCAACUAUCAAUGCAAUCUGGCCAGCUUUCAAAUAUCCUUCUAGACUAUGAAGAUGUGGUUCUUCUGUUGUACGGAGUUUAUAACGUAGCCUGAAAGAAAGCUAAAUAGCUUGGUUUGAACAGAGAAAAAACUGUGAACAUUUGCCCAGUCUUUGAUUCAUAAUGAUUUAUUCUUUCUUCAGACUAUGCAGAGUUUGUUUUCCUGGGGCUCUUUUUGGCAGAGAUGUUCUUAAAGAUGUAUGGCCUGGGUUUCCGGCUCUAUUUCCACUCUUCCUUCAACUGCUUCGAUUGCGGAGUGAGUUCAUUCAUUUUACUCCAUGUUAGCUUAAGGUGAACCUUGAUUACCACAGGUAUGUGGUUUCAAGACUUACUGUAGAAGUGUGGCAACAUAAGAUUUUCUUAUGGUUGUACAGGUGAAUCAAGGUGUGUUGUCUUGGAGUUAGGAAAAACAAAAAUACAUUUAAUUUCUAACAAUAUGGACAAUUAAGUGCUAUUAUUAUGUGAUACUCAAAUCAAAUCCAAUCAAAUAAAAUGCUAUUUGCUGAAUACAUUACCGUGAAAUGCUUACUUACAGCCCUUAACCAACAACGCAUUUAUUUAUUUGUUAUAAAAAAGUAAAAUAAAACAAUAACAACAACAAAAAAGUGUUGAGAAAAAAAGAGCAAAAGUAAAAUAAAGUAACAGUAGGGAGGCUAUAUACAGGGGGGUACCGGUGCAGAGUCAAUGUGCGGGUGCACCGGCUAGUUGAGGUAGUUGAGGUAGUUGAGGUAAUAUGUACAUGUGGGUAGAGUUAAAGUGACUAUGCAUAAAUAAUUAACAGAGUAGCAGCAGCGUAAAAAGAUGGGGUGGGGGGCAGUGCAAGUAGUCCGGGUAGCCAUGAUUAGCUGUUCAGGAGUCUUAUGGCUUGGGGGUAGAAGCUGUUGAGAAGCAUUUUGGACCUAGACUUGGCGCUCCGGUUCCGCUUGCCAUGCGGUAGCAGAGAGAACAGUCUAUGACUAGGGUGGCUGGAGUCUUUGACUGUCCUAUAUUGCUGAUUAAUGUGUGUUCUUAAUGAUAGAGGUUUGUCUAAACCUCUAUAAUGGUGUUUGAAUGUUGCGUGGUGUCUCUCCCAUGCAGGUGAUAGUUGGCAGCAUCUUUGAGGUGGUGUGGGGCUUCUUCCGGCCUGGCAUGUCCUUUGGCAUCAGCGUCCUGAGGGCACUGAGACUCCUGAGGAUCUUUAAGAUCACCAAGUGAGUGGGACAUCAACCAGAAUGAGGGUUAGGGUCAGCAUUAGUGUUGCUGCUGUAAGUAUAAUGUAUUACCAUUCUAGGGUUAGGGUUAGGGUUAGGAUAGGGUCAGCAAUAUUUUUACUGCUGUAAUUACAAUGUAUUAGAAUUCUAGGGUUAGGGGUAGGGUAAGUGUUAGUGGUGUAAGUACAAUGUAUUACCAUUCUAGGUUAAAGGGUAGGGUCAGCUUUAGUGUUACUGCUGUAAGUACAAUGUAUUACCAUUCUAGGUUAAAGGUUAGGGUAGGGUCAGCUUUAGUGUUACUGCUGUCUUUUCCUACUAGCACUGACCUGUCUGAUAACUACUCUAUUGAGGAAAAUUUACUUACUACGACUGUCAGAUGUGGUUGUCUCACCUAGCUAUCUUAAGAUGAAUGCGCUAACUGUAAGUCGCUCUGGAUAAGAGAGUCUGCUAAAUGACUCAAAUGUAAAUGUAAAUGUAGGGUCAUCAUUGGUUAUACUGCUGUAAGUACAAUGUAUUAUUCUCCAAAAUACAUUAAAAUGGCAAACGGAAGAUGUUGAGGUCUGUCUAUUUUGUAUGUGAACCUUUUUUCUUUUUUCUUGACCAGGUACUGGGCAUCUCUUAGGAACCUGGUUGUGUCUCUCAUGAGUUCCAUGAAGUCCAUCAUCAGUCUGCUCUUCCUCAUCUUCCUCUUCAUCGUCGUCUUCGCCCUGCUGGGCAUGCAGCUCUUUGGGGGCAGGUGAGCACAACCAGAGGGUUUGGGUUCACUUAUUAGAUACAGUGUCACUGAUCUCAGGAUAGUGAUUCAGUGCUUCACCAAUAUUAGGAUAUCAAUAUGUUUUUGUAUGCGCAAGUCCCAGGUUCCAUGAAUGUAUUUUCAGUUGAUCUGUUAAUUGACUAAUGAUGUGGAUUGGCCAUCAUCAUAUCUCCGUAUAUAUUUACAAAUAUUAAUUCAGAAGCAGCUUGAAGCUGUGCCAUGUUUUGUUUUGCUGCAUCGGAAAUGGAAUGAUAGACCUGAAAUUACACAUCUGGUUGAAAAUAGCAUUUUCCACCUCCGCUUCCCACCUCUUCCUCCUCUUCUUCCCCGGUCAUAUCUGCCCAUCCAUUCUUUCUCUCCCUUUAGGUUCAUCUUUGAAGAUUACACUCCUACCAACUUUGACACAUUUCCAGCUGCCAUCAUGACAGUGUUCCAGGUUUGGCUCUUACACUCCAGACUGCCCCAUGGUGACACACAGAACCUACCCGGGAAUAUCUCCCACAACCCCCCAGGGCCAAGAUUAAACAACUCUGCUCACUGCUCACCUCCCCCUCCAUCUACUAGCCUCCCACACAUACACACAUGCACAUAAAUGUCAGAGCUGUGAAAUAUGGAAGAAUGUUUGAUCAAAACUAUAAACUGGGUUUCCGAGACAAAUAAAAUAAUACUAAUUCUGACAUUUUUAACUCUGCAGGGAGAAAGAACCCUGUUACCGAUGUGAUAAAUAUUAUGGCCCAUUAUGGCCCAUAAUUUAUUUGUGUGUUAGCAUUCGGAAAGUAUUCAGACCCCUUCACUCUUUCCACAUUUUGUUACGUUACAGCCUUAUUCUAAAAUGGAUAAAAAAUGUUUUUCCCUCAUCAAUCUACACACAAUACCCCAUAAUGACAAAGCGAAAACAGAUUUUUUUAAUACAUUUUGCAAAUGUAUUAAACAUAAAAAACAUAAAUACCUUAUUUACAUAAGUAUUCAGACCCUUUGGUAUGAGACUCGAAAUUGAGCUCAGGUGCGUCCUGUUUCCAUUGAUCAUCCUUGAGAUGUUUCUACAACUUGAUUGGAGUGCUCCUGUGGUAAAUUCAAUUGAUUGGACAUGAUUUGGAAAGGCACACACCUGUCUAUAUAAGGUCCCACAGUUGACAGUGCAUGUCAGAGCAAAAACCAAGCCAUCAGGUCGAAGAUAUUGUCCGUAGAGCUCCGAGACAGGAUUGUGUCGAGGCACAGAUCUGAGGAAGGGUACCAAAACAUUUCUUCAGCAUUGAAGGUCCCCAAGAACACAAUGGCCUCCAUCAUUCUUAAAUGGAAGAGGUCGGAACCACCAAGACUCUUCCUAGAGCUGGCCAUCCGGCCAAACUGAGCAAUUGGGGGAGAAGGGCCUUGGUCAGGGAGGUGACCGAGAACCCGACGGUCACUCUGACAGAGCUCCAGAGUUCCUCUGUGGAGAUGGGAGAACCUUCCAGAAGGACAACCAUCUCUGCAGCACUCCACCAAUCAGGCCUUUAUGGUAGAGUGGCCAGACGGAAGCCACUUCUCAGUAAAAGGCACAUUCUAAAAACAGUUUUUUGCUUUGUCAUUAUAAGGUAUUGUGUGUAGAUUGAUGAGAACAAAACAACUAUUUAAUCAAUUUUAGAAUAAGGCAGUAACGUAACAAAAUGUGGAAAAAGUCAAGGGGUCUGAAUACUUUCCGAAAGCACUGUAUACUUUGCGUUUGUGUAUUAUUUUCAUUCAGAUUUUAUUGGGCUGAUCAAUAUUGAUCUUGUAUUUUUCAAUCUAGAUUCUGACUGGUGAGGACUGGAAUGAGGUGAUGUACAAUGGGAUUCGCUCCCAAGGAGGAGUGCAGUACGGCAUGUGGUCCUCCAUAUACUUCAUAGUGCUCACCCUGUUUGGGAACUGUAUCCUUGCUCAACAUCCUGCUAACCACAAUCGACAGAUUCUGCUCACAUUGUAGAUAGGUUUACGUGUAUCUUAAUUUUUAUUUGAAAGUUGUUGCAUAGACCUAAAGUAGUUGUAGGGUCAUGGGUUGAUUUAUUAGGGGAAAAAGAUGCACUGAGUACAACCCAGGGGAUAUCCCUUUAAUGCGAUUCCACUUGUUUCAAACGUGGUUCAGAUGUUUUGUGGAACUGUCCGAUAGUAGCCUAAUUCAUGUAUUGCAGUUUCAUCCACCCCUGUUAGGAUUCUUGACCAUACUGUGAACAGAUACACUACUCAACGUCUUCUUGGCCAUCGCUGUGGAUAACCUUGCCAACGCACAGGAACUCACCAAGGUGUGUAGUACUGGUUUAAGAGUUUCUACAGAAUGGGGUAUCUUUAAAUUAAAAUAAGUGCUUUCAAAUAAAUGUGUAAGAGUCAUGACCUAUGGCCAUAUCUGCCCAAUAUCAUAAACUAAUUGUGGGAUGUAAAUUACCUUGUGUUUUUAUUUUACCUUUGUUAGGACGAAGAGGAGGAAGAGGAGUUUUUCAAUGCAAGAUACGCCAGAGGCAGAGAUGGCCCGAUGUCUGAGUAAGUGUUCUGUUUAUACUUUUAUCACAAUGGCAGUUGGUCAGGCACCUACUUUGGCCUAGUCUUGAUGAUGAUUAGGAGGGGAUUGAAUCUGAGGGGUGAUCAUGAUGCUUUCUCAAUAUCUAUCGAUUACACAGCCAUAAAACCCAUAGAAAAAUAAGGAUCUACUAUUCUCUUUGAGAAUCUGAUGUAGGCGUUACCAGGAAGAAUGUUUAUUUUCUUUGCGUACAGCUGCAUGAUGAAUCUUCAGGGUUAGAGAGGCAUGUUCUGUGUGUGGAAAAUGUAUGUUUACCUGCCUGUUACAUAGGAUGUGUAAUGGAAAUUGCAUUAGUGAAAUUAGGGAUGAGGCGCAUGUCCUAGUGAUGACAAGCAUCUUCGCUUAUAAAUCUGUCACGUUCGUUCAUAAACGGGUCGGACCAAGGCGCAGCGUGAUAUGCAAACAUGUUUAUUUAACGAAUAAACAUAACGACAAAACAAUAAACCAACGAUACGUGACGUCCUAAGGUACACACAACAAACCUCACAUGGAACAAGAUCCCACAACCCACUAGUGCCAAUAGGCUGCCUAAGUAUGGUCCCCAAUCAGAGACAACGAGCGACAGCUGCCUCUGAUUGGGAACCACACCGGCCAACAUAGAAAUACCCAUACUAGAACCUAUAACAACACAACAUAGAAAAUCACACCCCGACUCAACAAAUAAGAGUCUCCAGAGUCAGGGCGUGACAGUACCCCCCCCCCCCAAAGGUGCGGACUCCAACCGCACAACCUUUACUUAACAGGGUAGGGGCCGGGUGGGCAUUCCGCCUCGGAGGCGGAUCCGGCUCCGGGCGUGACAACCACCUAUUCUCCGCCUCCCUGUUGCGCCCCUGGACUGGUCCGGACCUCGGCGUGCUGCUUCCCCUCUCCUUCCUCCCACUAUACUCCAAGCCCUGUCUGGACCCUGGUGUGGGAGACCCCGAACAUGGAGAGGGGCUGACGUCUGGGUCUGGACUGGAGCCGCUGACCGGAGCUGGACCGGGCACCGGUGGAGCGGACUGCUCAGGCUCCGGACUGGAGCCGCUGACCGGAGCUGGACUAGGCACCGGUGGAGUGGACUGCUCUGGCUCCGGAGUGGAGCCGCUGACCGGAGCUGGAUCAGGCACCGGUGGAGCGGACUGCUCUGGCUCCGGAGUGGAGCCGCUGACCGGAGCUGGACUGGACCCCGGUGGAGUGGACUGCUCUGGCUCCGGAGUGGAGCAGCUGACCGGAGCUGGAUCAGGAACCGGUGGAGCGGACUGCUCUGGCUCCGGACUGGAGCAGCUUACCGGAGCUGGAUCAGGCACUGGUGGAGCGGACUACUCUGGCUCCGGACUGGAGCUGCUGACUGGUGCCGGACCAGGCACCGGUGGAACGGGCACGGGCCGUGCCGGACUGGACACACUCACCACUGGUCUGGUGCGAGGAGCAGGCACGGGCCGAACCGGACUAGGAACAUGCACCACUGUCUUGGUGCGAGGAGCAGGAACAGGCUGGGCCGGACUGGCGACACGCACCACUGGCUUGGUGCGAGGGACAGGAACAGGCCGGGCCGGGCUGCGACGCGCAACACUGGUGGUGCGAGGACAGAAGGCCGGACCGGGCUGGCGACGCGCACCACUGUCUUGGUGCGAGGGGAAGGAACAGGCCGGGCCGGGCUGGCGACGCGCACCACUGGCUUGGUGCGAGGGGCAGGAACAGGCCGGGCCGGCCUGGCGACGCGCAACACUGGCUUGGUGCGAGGGACAGGAACAGGCCGGACCGGGCUGGCGACGCGCACCACUGGCUUGGUGCGAGGAGCAGGAACGGGCCGGACCGGACUGCGAAGGCGGACUGGAGGUCUGGAGCGGAGAGCUGGCACAACCCGUCCUGGCUGGCUACCCACUUUCACACUACACGUGUGGGGUGUUGGCACAGGACGCACUGGGCUGUGCACGCGUACAGGCGAUACAGCUCGUAGAACUGCCGCAGGAUAUGCGGGACCGAGGAGGCGUACUGGAGACCAGGAGCGUUGAGCCGGCACACCCCGUCCUGGCUGGAUGCCCAUCUUCGCACGGCACGUGCGUGGUGCAAGCACAGGACGUACAGGACUGUGCCGGCGCACUGGUGACACAGUACGUAGCUCCGCAUAACACGGAGCUUGCCCAGUCAUACGCUUCCUCGCGUGAGUACGAGGAGUUGGCUCUGCUCUAACCCUAGGCUCCGCCAACCACCCCGUGUGCCCCCCCAAAUUUUUUUAUUGGGGCUGCCUCUCGGGCUUCCUCCUUGACCGGCCUCCUCCGUGUUGCCGUUGCUCCUCUCCUGCCUGGGCAUCUACCUUAGCCCAUGGUCCUUUCCCCGCAAAUAUCUCUUCCCAUGACCCCAAUUUGCCCACCUGUGACAUGGCCCUUCGCUCCGCCUGGGCACGCUGCUUGGUCCUCGUUUGGUGGGAUCUUCUGUCACGUUCGUUGAUGAACGGGUCGGACCAAGGCGCAGCGUGAUAUGCAAACAUGUUUAUUUAACGAAUAAACACAACGACAAAACAAUAAACCAACGAUACGUGACGUCCUAAGGUACACACAACAAACCUCACACGGAACAAGAUCCCACAACCCACUAGUGCCAAUAGGCUGCCUAAGUAUGGUCCCCAAUCAGAGACAACGAGCGACAGCUGCCUCUGAUUGGGAACCACACCGGCCGACAUAGAAAUACCCAUACUAGAACCUAUAACAUAGAACAACACAACAUAGAAAAUCACACCCUGACUCAACAAAUAAGAGUCCCCAGAGUCAGGGCGUGACAACAUCUGAUGUUGUUCUGGGGACUUGCUAAUGAAAAUGCAUGAUUUUAAUUAGAAUUGACUUUUGUUUUGUUUAUUUGAGCAUGUCAUUCAACAGGUAAAUUAAGAAAGAUAACAGGCCAGUCAUACAUGCAUGUUUUUAUUUAUUUAGAAUUUGUUUAUUUGUGCAUGUCAGUCAACAGGUAAAUUAAACCAAAUGACAGGGCAAUUGUAGAGUAUAAACAUAGUAUGUGCUUAGUGUAUAAGCACCACCAACCAUUCUGCUCCCUCUGUAACAGGUACAGGUAGGGGGGAAAAGGAUGCAUGGAUUGUACUGUCCUCUGAUCUUCUCCAGGCACGUUACACUGACUGUGUCAUUUGUCUGUUACUACAUAUUUGAGUGUCAGUCCUAUGUGUUUCAGAGCUAUCAAGAUGGCGCCGCUUUUGAUACGUAUACUGUACUAUGGUGUAAUGUUAUGUAAUGCUGCUUCCAUCAUGUUGUCUUGUUACUCUAUGCCUGUUAUGUGGCACUGACCAAAAUAGAUAUUACAAAAUAUAGAAGUCUAAAUUCUACCACUGCCCCUGUACGGUCAAGGUGAAACAAUUUGUAACUUGGAUAACCACUGUUAUCGGAUAAGAUGUAUAAGCAUCCACUGUCACUACUUAGGAAAUAAUGAUUGAACAGGAUUUGGAUCCAUUUAUCAAGCCUUCAAAGCCAAAUCCCCAUGCCAAAUAUACAAACAUAAUUAUAAGACAAAUAAAAUAAGAUAUAACCAAAUAUACUAGACUGGCAUUAAGGUGACGUCUGUUGACAAUUGGCCUUGACCCUUGACCUGGUUUUGGACUGUGUCACAAGGAUUGUUCUGUUCUGUCUUUGUUCCAAAAACACUAAUGUCUUGUUUUCAACCAAUCACUCAUUGAUUACAUGGACUACAAAAGAGUUUGAACACCCGUAAGUAAAGGUGUCUGUCUGUACCCCUGUCACACCUAAUUCAGUUUCCUUUAUCUUAGAAGAAGAAGUUCAUUUCUAGAUAUCACAGUAUUUCCCUAUUUUAAUUCUGCGCCAUUCCUUUUUGUUUUUGUGACUUUUUGAGUUUGUGUGCUUUCUUCCCAGGUAUUUUCAUCAUUUGAAUUUCAAUUGAAUUUAUGGUGUUUGUUUUAUUUAGAUGAUAAUGCAAUAUGUGAAUUCAAUUCAUCUUUAGCCAUACAAUAUGCAACAUAUCUGAUUCAAAAUGUUAAUAGCAAAUUGCUCUGUCAUGCUAUUUUCGUACUUCAUUAUUGACUUACAUACAUGCAUACAUACAAUGUUAUAUAAUAUGUAGUAUGUUUAUACUGUAUUUAGUGUUGAGAUGCAUCCUUUCAUUGAUACUGUAAGUGUACAUAUGAUGUGGGCGUGAUGCUGCCCUCUAGUGACAGGCUUUGUGUUGUGCUCAAUAGGAGGAGGAGGCGGCCCUACCUCCGCAGGAAGAAGGCCAUCCACAGGGGCCGUAUGGCUGUCCCCGAAGAGGAGGAGGAGAGCGGCGCCGCAGGCGGAGACGACCAACCCCCCAACGGCGCCAACGCCUUCUCCAACCGCCGUGACAGACGGAGGAGGGGGGGAGGAGGAGGAGGAGGAGGAAGAGGCGGAAGAUCCGUGUGGGAGCAGAGGGCCAACCAGCUACGCAAGCGGCGCCAGAUGGAGAGCCAGGAGGUGCUGUUUGGAGGCAGCCCCACCGAGGACACCACUGACACCCCUACCACCGCAUACCGCGCCCCCACCCUUUCCCCAGACGCCAGCCCCGGUCACCUGCCCGAGUCGCCCAUGUCCGGGAUCAUGCCCAUGCCUGAACCCCCGAUGUCCAUCGCCAUCCCGCUGCCGGAACCUCCAGACUCUGAGCCUAUGCCUCUGUUUACAUUGGCUGAGGAGAGAGCGGUGAACCAUCGCCCCGCCGGUGGGGACAGGAGGCACAGGGUGGCCCGGAAGUUCAGGCCUGGCCCUGGGGGGGCGGAGGAGGGAGGGGCGGCGCGGCAUAGGAGGCACCGCCAUCGUGAGGCCCGGGCUGAGGCCAAGAGCAGAGAGUCCCCACAGGAGGAGGUCAGCGAAUCAGGCAGCCGCGAGAGGAAGAUACUAGAAGAGAGGGAGGAGAAGGAAGAAAAAGAGAAGAAGGGGGAAAAAGGAGAGGUUGCUGAGGUGGAGGGAGGAGUGUCGGGCCAGGACGAAGGAGGAGCCAGCAUUAUCAACUUAGAGAGUGAAGAAGAGCAUCUGAGGUAAGACGGUGGUGCUAGGUUCCAUUAUUUUACGCUAAGGGUUAAGGCAUUUUGAUUCGUGAGAUAAGACUUCAGGCCCAAAUUAGGUGUCUAAACACAUCCACACAUUCUCUUCCAUACACCUCCUCUUCAGAGUGUGUAUUGCAGACAUCCCUGAGCCUCCCCUAUGUGAUGACUUCCCUGAGUCCCUACCCCCACCCCUGCUGGACCCUCCACCCCAGAUGGAGGAGGGCGAGGUGGGGGAAACUGGGCAGUGUGAGCCCCUGUCUCAGGACCCUGCAGUGGAGCCAGCUCCAGAACAGUCCACAGACCCCCCAGAGCUCCAGGCGGCAUCCGGCGUCAAUGAUUCGGAGAACAACCCGGACACCCUGAACCGUGAGAAGGGUGAGGAGCCAGGCCAAGGCCUAGACAGCCAGACUAGUGUGAUCAUAGAGAUGUCUGGAGAACAGCCACUGCUGGAGAUCAUCCCUGUGACAGGUAUGCUUCCAUAUAGUCGCUCUUGACCGAAAUUCGUAGCUGAAACAUUCUAGUUCAUUGAAAGCAAUGUAAUUGCCAUUCAUUGUUCUGUACCGUUUCCUGCUGGAAAAAGGAUGGUAACGAUAACGAUGGACUUGUUUUGCCAUGCUUGGCAGGAGCCAGGUCAAAUAACAGGUUUUAUCUUCAAUUUACUUUUAGCUUUACACAGCAGCAAAGAGAUGGAGGUGUACCAGCCUGAGAGGAAGGAGAAGGAGAAGGAAAAGCAGGAGGAGGCGCAGGAGGAGGAGGAGGAGGAGGCCAGCCCUCCCAAACCUGUACCUCCUGACAGCAUGUUCCUCUUCAAGGCAUCCAAUCCGUAAGACUCCCCUUCCUGCCCAUGUCUUGGCAUGCAUUCUAGUGCGGUACUAAUCAAUUCAGUUCAGUUUUAUGGAAGGACUCAGAAACACGUUUCUCUGAUCCCUUUUAGUAUACAUAGGCUAUUGUGUUUCUCUCUCUGCACACACUCCCUCAUGCACUGUAGCUGUACAGCACUCUCACUCUCAGAAAAAAAGGGUAUGGUUAGGGUACAGUAUUGUUCCCUAGGGUACAAAAAUAUAAAAAUCCACAUAAUGUGUCUUCAGAGGUACACAUAUGUGACUCGUUUCAGGAAACUAGGUGUAUAUUACGCGUCACUACUUCACAGGAGAGCCAUUUGAAUGUAAACCUUUAAAAAAUAUAAAAAUUAGUUUUUUGGCAGAAAUGCCUUCUGGAACAUGUGAACUUUCAUGUGCCUUAAUAACAAACUUGUAUGCCAUCUGUAAAUACAAUUAAAAUGGUUAAAUUACGAGCCUAGUUGGUUUAGCCACAGAAAAGACAGCAACCUUCCCGCUAGCCAUGAUUGGCUGAGAUAAUGAGUGGGCUGGACAUGCCGAGAGAUGAGUUCGGAUUGGUCUGCCAUGUAGCACGCUUCUGUCUAUUUGAGCUGGUCAGUAUGUGUAGGUAAUCCUGUCUAACGCGGCUUAAAAAUAUAUAUAUCACGUAGUAGAACUGCAUAAGUGUUGCUCUCCACUUUCUGGAGGACCGAGUUUUGAAAUCAGUGGAAUUAGAGUAUGAAAGCUAAGGAGAUGGAGAAAACACCUGUCUCCGGAUUACAUCUUCAAACUAAGGGCAACCAUGGCAUCCAUGACAGAGAGGGAGAAGCGUACAUCCAUGUAUACGGUUAAGAUAGUCUAGCUAGCUACAUUUUCAGAUAUGAUGUUUCUAAUUUAGUCAGAAAGUCAUUUUCAUUUCAAGUUAAAGUGUACUGUUAGCUAGCUAGCUAAUGUUGGCUGGCUCGCUAGCUAACGUUACGUGUAUGAUCUGUGUAGUAAUAUUAUUCAUAUCUCAGAGCCAUUUGCUUUGCUAGUUAUAACCUAAGUUAGCUAGCUAACAUUGAACCUGGUUGGUUAGCUACCUGCAGAUUCAUGUAGGGUAGUAACAUUAUGAAUUAGGAUUAUGGUUAAUUGUUUAGCUAGCUAGCUACAUGUCUUAACAAAAGACUCCACUAUGCAAGUAACCAUUUCAAUAGAAUGUUAAGGAUGUCACUGCAACAACUGUUGAUAGACUUAGCUAGCAAAUUCGCUCUCGUCUGAGUGUGCCAGAGCACAGAAUAACUGACGAAUUUACGAACGCUCAACACCCGUUGAAUAUGGCCAUGUCAGUAAACGUUGGCAAAAAAAUGUAAAUUGUUUCCAGCAGCACAGUUGCAGUCACCAACGCUCUGGAUAACAUAAAAACAGCCUAACUAGCUCUGCUAGGGCGAGUAAAAUGGUCAGAGUGAGCUGUUCUCUCAUUUGUGUCUGGAAGCAGCUAGCAAGCUAGCCAACGUUAGCCAGUUAGCUUGGUUGCUUGACUGCUGUUGUUAGGACAGAACGCUCGGAUCAACCUUUAAAGAGAUGGGUGGGGCUAAAGCUUAAGAGGGUGUGAAUGAUGCUCUCCAGUAGAUAUACCAAAACAUUCAAAUGCCAUUUUUUCAAAAUUGAGGUUACAAGUUUAUCAACUUUCAAAGCAGAAUUACUUUCCCAUUGUUCCUCAACUGUAGUGUAUGAUAUACAAGCUUAUGUUACUUUGAAACAAAUGCUUCUGGGCUAGGAAAUCUGUCGGUGCCUUACAUUAUUGCUCCUGUAAUCCUUGGAUAAGAGCGUCUGCUAAAUGACCAAUUAUUUAUUUAAUGUUCUAGCUCUGAGUCUCUACUUUUAUCCAAUGUAAAAAACACAAUUUCAAAUGUUGCUACAUUAGACCGAAUCAUGUCGGUCGGUCACAUAUGAUCUCACCGUUCCGUACCUUUUAGGGUACAUGUGUGGAUAAUUUAGUAUGGUACAUUUUUGUACCCAAUAUUUUGAAUAUAAAGGUACAAUUACACACAGUGCGGGUGUGGCUUUCAGUAAGUUAUUUUUGGCCACACAUGAGUGGAAGUGUUGUACAAGUUUAAGUGGUCUAUGGUUAUGUAAAUAAGACUUUUAGCAUGUCCGCUGCCAGUCCUGAAGUCUUUAUAAAGGCUUACAUAAGAGCAUGUGACAAUAAAAUGCAUUAAUCCAAAUUGUAGUGACCUUAAGGCCAGGUACUACAGGAUAAAAUUACAUUUGAAAAUCUACUUAUCGAUUUUUUGCUUUUUUGGUCCAAUAAUAUUAGUAAUUUCAAAAAGUUAAAAUUAAAAUGUAAAAAAGUUGAUGACAAUGUAUAUUUGCAUUAGUUUAUUGUACUACCAUCAUCAAAAUGUAAUGAAUUGUAAACACUUUUAAAUGGACAUACAUUUACAUUUACAUUUACGUCAUUUAGCAGACGCUCUUAUCCAGAGCGACUUACAAAUUGCUGCAUUCACCUUAUAGCCAGUGGGAUAACCAUUUUACAAUAUUAUUAUUAUUAUUAUUUUAUUUUUUGGGGGGGUGGGUUAAGGGGGGGGGGGUAGAAGGAUUACUUUAUCCUAUCCCAGGUAUUCCUUAAAGAGGUGGGGUUUCAAGUGUGUCCAGAAGGUAGUGAGUGACUCCGCUGUCCUGGCGUCGUGAGGGAGCUUGUUCCACCAUUGGGGUGCCAGAGCAGCGAACAGUUUUGACUGGGCUGAGCGGGAACUGUGCUUCCGCAGAGGUAGGGGGGCCAGCAGGCCAGAGGUGGAUGAACGCAAUGCCCUCAUUUGGGUGUAGGCACUGAUCAGAGCCUGAAGGUACGGAGGUGCCGUUCCCCUCACAGCUCCGUAGGCAAGCACCAUGGUCUUGUAGCAGAUGCGAGCUUCAACUGGAAGCCAGUGGAGUGUGCGGAGGAGUGGGGUGACGUGAGAGAACUUGGGAAGGUUGAACACCAAACGGGCUGCGGCAUUCUGGAUGAGUUGUAGGGGUUUAAUGGCAUAGGCAGGGAGCCCAGCCAACAGCGAGUUGCAGUAAUCCAGACGGGAGAUGACAAGUGCCUGGAUUAGGACCUGUGCCGCUUCCUGUGUAAGGCAGGGUCGUACUCUCCGAAUGUUGUAGAGCAUGAACCUACAGGAUCGGGUCACCGCCUUGAUGUUAGCGGGGAACGACAGGGUGUUGUCCAGGGUCACGCCAAGGUUCUUCGCACUCUGGGAGGAGGACACAAUGGAGUUGUCAACCGUGAUGGCGAGAUCAUGGAACGGGCAGUCCUUCCCCGGGAGGAAGAGCAGCUCCGUCUUGCCGAGGUUCAGCUUGAGGUGGUGAUCCGUCAUCCACACUGAUAUGUCUGCCAGACAUGCAGAGAUGCGAUUCGCCACCUGGUUAUCAGAAGGGGGAAAGGAGAAGAUUAGUUGUGUGUCGUCUGCAUAGCAAUGAUAGGAGAGGCCAUGUGAGGAUAUGACAGAGCCAAGUGACUUGGUGCAUAGCGAGAAUAGGAGAGGGCCUAGAACUGAGCCCUGGGGGACACCAGUGGUGAGAGCACGUGGUGCGGAGACAGAUUCUCGCCACGCCACUUGGUAGGAGCGACCUGUCAGGUAGGACGCAAUCCAAGAGUGAGCCGCGCCGGAGAUGCCCACCUCGGAGAGGGUGGAGAGGAGGAUCUUAUGGUUCACAUUAUCAAAGGCAGCAGACAGGUCUAGAAACACAAGAGCAGAGGAGAGAGAGUUAGCUUUAGCAGUGCGGAGAGCCUCCGUGACACAGAGAAGAGCAGUCUCAGUUGAAUGACCAGUCUUGGAACCUGACUGGUUUGGAUCAAGAAGGUCAUUCUGAGAGAGAUAGCAAGAGAGUUGGCUAAAGACGGCACGCUCAAGAGUUUUGGAGAGAAAAGAAAGAAGGGAUACUGGUCUGUAGUUGUUGACGUCAGAGGGAUCGAGUGUUGGUUUUUUGAGAAGGGGUGCAACUCUUGCUCUCUUGAAGACGGAAGGGACAUAGCCAGCGGUCAAGGAUGAGUUGAUGAGCGAGGUGAGGUAAGGGAGAAGGUCACCGGAGAUGGUCUGGAGAAGAGAGGAGGGGAUAGGGUCAAGCGGGCAGGUUGUUGGGCGGCCGGCCGUCACAAGUCGCAAGAUUUCAUCUGGAGAGAGAGGGGAGAAAGAAGUCAAAGCAUAGGGUAGGGCAGUGUGAGCAGGACCAGCAGUGUCAUUUGACUUAACAAACGAGGAUUGGAUGUCGUCAACCUUCUUUUCAAAAUGGUUGACGAAGUCAUCCACAGAGGGGGGGGGGGGGGGGGGGGGGGGGGGGUGAGGAGGAUUCAGCAGGGAGGAGAAGGUGGCAAAGAGCUUCCUAGAAAGUGGCUUUAGCAGCAGAAACAGAUGAAGAAAAUGUAGAGAGGAGGGAGUGAAAAGAUGCCAGGUCCGCAGGGAGUCUAGUUUUCCUCCAUUUCCGUUCGGCUGCCCGGAGCCCUGUUCUGUGAGCUAGCAAUGAGUCGACAAGCCACAGAGCAGGAGGGGAGGACCGAGCCGGCCGGGAGGAUAGGGGACAUAGAGAGUCAAAGGAUGCAGAAAGGGAGGAGAGGAGGGUUGAGGAGGCAGAAUCAGGAGAUUGGAGGGAGAAGGAUUGAGCAGAGGGAAGAGAUGAUAGGAUGGAAGAGGAGAGAGUAGCGGGAGAGAGAGAGCGAAAGUUGCGACGGUGCAUUACUAUCUGAGUAGGGGCAGAGUGAGUAGUGUUGGAGGAGAGCGAGAGAGAAAAUGAUACAAAGUAGUGGUCGGAGACAUGGAGGGGAGUUGCAGUGAGAUUAGUAGAAGAACAGCAUCUAGUAAAGGUGAGGUCAAGCGUAUUGCCUGCCUUGUGAGUAGGGGGGGACGGUGAGAGGGUGAGGUCAAAAGAGGAGAGGAGUGGAAAGAAGGAGGCAGAGAGAAAUGAGUCAAAGGUAGAGGUAGGGAGGUUGAAGUCACCCAGAACUGUGAGGGGUGAGCCAUCCUCAGGAAAGGAACUUAUCAAGGCGUCAAGCUCAUUGAUGAACUCUCCAAGGGAACCUGGAGGGCGAUAAAUGACAAGGAUGUUAAGCUUGAAUGGGCUAGUGACUGUGACAGCAUGGAAUUCAAAUGAGGAGAUAGACAGAUGGGUCAGGGGAAAAAGAGAGAAUGUCCACAUGGGAGAGAUGAGGAUUCCUGUGCCACCACCCCGCUGACCAGAUGCUCUCGGGGUAUGCGAGAACACAUGGUCAGACGAGGAGAGAGCAGUAGGAGUAGCAGUGUUUUCAGUGGUAAUCCAUGUUUCCGUCAGCGCCAAGAAGUCGAGGGACUGGAGGGUAGCAUAGGCUGAGAUGAACUCUGCCUUGUUGGCCGCAGAACGGCAGUUCCAGAGGCUGCCGGAGACCUGGAACUCCACGUGGGUGGUGCGUGCAGGGACCACCAGGUUAGAGAGGCAGCAGCCACGCGGUGUGAGGCGUUUGUAUAGCCUGUGCGGAGAGGAGAGAACAGGGAUAGACAGAGGCAUAGUUGACAGGCUACAGAAAAUGGCUACAAUAAUGCAAAGGAGAUUGGAAUGAAAUGAACUAAACAUCUGGGAAAGCGAGAGAGCGGGGCCUCCCUCACUUACGUUUCACUGAAACACCCAAAUAUAACUCUCCCAACUUCCACCUCAGAAACUAUAAUUGUUGUAAACUACAGCGGUUCAAUGUUUUCUAGGAAUAGACUAACUUAGUUUAUUCAGCUAGCUAACUUGGUACAGUAUUCUUCCGUGAAAACCGUCCAGGGCACCUAGUCAUAUGACGCCACAGCCAACUAGCAUGCCGGACUCCAACAACACGGUUUAGCACCAAUACUCGGCCACAACAAACCACCAGUGUGUCAACACGCCAAGCAGAUCAUUUGUGUCCGUGUCUAACGUUGUGGGUUAGUCCCGACAGCUUGAGCGAGUCCGUCGUCAACUUAUUCAUCCAGUUAGUUAGCUAGAAUAGUUAGCAUACUAGCUAGCCAUUGCUUUCUGCCAACGAAGAAACCCCUCCUCCCACGGCACGAACACACAGAGAGAGCCAAGCUAACGUUAACUAGUCACCCAUGUCCCGAAUUCACUUGAACGACUCUGGCUAUCAGUAUGUAAAAACAAAACACAAAUGUAGGUUAUAACUUACCCCUAGCAGCUACUGUUAGCUAGCCAAGUGCAAAGCUAGCCACUGUAUUGACUCAGCCAGUUCGCGUCUGUUCGCUAGGUCGUUCCAGCUAUUGUUUAGUAGCUAUCCAGGUAGCAACAAGCUAGCUACAUUUCAAGCACAGUAGCCACUUACUACCUAACGUUAACGCUUCAGACAAUGAGGUUAGAAAAACAGCUGAAUGGUAGACAUUAUUGUAUGUAAUUAUUGUAGGCAGCUAGCUGGCGUAAAUACAGGUACUCUCAGGCGUGAAACAACUAUCCACAGUUGCUAAUAGUUACCAGUAGCUACCCGCUAGCUAGUCCAGGUAGUGGGUUAGCUAGCUUUGUGCUUCACCGGGCUCAGCCGAAUACAAUACUAACCUACAAUAAUUAUAUACAACAACCCACGAUAACUACCUACAAUACCUAACUACAAUCUAAAUACAUAGUUUAAGCUUUACUCGACAAAGCCCAAACUAUGUAUAUAAGCCAUAUAAGCCAAGCUUACCUCCCGCCAGAGAGAGACACAACCUCACCCGACGACGACCGCACAUGUAAUAAUUUCCAUAAUUUCAAAGCUCUCAACAUUGAAUCACACAUCAUUUAAAAGCCCAUUUCAUAGAGAAUGUUACAAACUGGACUAAAUGUGGUAACUUACUUUGAAAAGAUGGUGAUUGGGUCUAAAUAGGUGUUUGGCGUUUGAUAGUCUAAAUUCAGUGUACUUGUCUGUAACUGCCAUUUCCCGAAAGUCAGACUCUUCCCAUACGCCAACAAAUUUUUCUCAGCCUUAGAAGCAUCUGAAUUCACCAAAUUUAGUCAAGACACUUCACUUUAGACUUAUUCUCCAGAUUUAUUCAUAGGAAAUUGUUGAUAUGUUGUUAAAUGUUUAUUUUAGAUUACAUUUUCUUCCCAAAAAUUCGACACAAAUUCAUUUUACGUACCUUUCUUUAGUAUUUUACUGAUAGAAGAUGAAAAACAUAUUUAUCCACAAUCUGCUAUGUCAAAGUCCGGUCCUGAAGUGUCUUGACAAAAUUUAGAAAAUAUGCGCAUAUUUAAUUAAAUAUUACCUAAUUUGCAUUCAAUAGUUCUGAAAAUGUGUAAUACAAAAAAGUAUUAUAUUUGUGUCCACAUUCAACUGGUAAAAGUUGAUUGUGAUAUGAUUAAUGGAAAAAAAUACCCUAUUAGGGUGUGGUGUCUGGCUUUAACCCUUUAAUCCUCUGUAGCUCAAUUGGUAGAGCAUGGCGCUUGUAACGCCAGGGUAGUGGGUUCGAUCCCCGGGACCACCCAUACGUAAAAAUGUAUGCACACAUGACUGUAAGUCGCUUUGGAUAAAAGCGUCUGCUAAAUGGCAUAUUAUUAUUAUUAUUAUAUUAUAACACUGAGAGACCUAAUGGUUAAGGUGUUGGCUUGACAGUUGCUGGACUCAGGUUCAAGUCCUGGUCAGGGCUACCCUCUGAAUUCGCUACAUUUGUGUCAGAAUUAGGAUGGCAGAGAGGUGUGUACAUGUGAGGGACUUGGUAUAGAGAAGAUGCACAUGUUUGGCACUUAAAAGGAACAAACGGCUUUGUCACUGGUGGUACCCUAUAAAGGCACAUUUGUACCUUUUUCUAUCUUAUCCCCAAAGGUACACAAUUGGCUCUUUUAAGGUACAAACUGCAAGGGUACAAUUAUGUACCUAUAACUAAUGGUACAAUGGGCAUACCUUAGAGGGUACCACUACAGUGGCAAGCGUUUGUACCCCUUUAAGUACAAUUCUGUACCUUUUUUUCUGAGAGUGUAUGAGCGACCAUUAGUGUAUCUGAUACUGUCAACUCCUCUUUUUUGAUCUGUAGGAUCAGGAGGAUCUGUCACUAUGUGGUGACCAUGCGCUACUUUGAGAUGACCAUCUUGCUGGUGAUCGUGGCUAGCAGCAUCGCUCUGGCUGCUGAAGACCCUGUGUGCACCAAUUCUGACAGAAACAGGGUAAGUUCAAUAUGAUUUUGGAAUGUUUGUAUCAGUGACGUGAAGAUGUGUAUUUCCUCUCACAUAAUUGUUGGAUGUGUUUGCUUUUCUAGGUUCUCCGUUACUUUGAUUACGUCUUUACUGGAGUCUUCACGUUUGAAAUGAUCAUAAAGGUGAGAUACUCAAAGAGAAAUGAUCAAUUAUGAACCUCCUAAAACUAUGCACAGAAAUACACUUGUAACAUUGUUUUUAGUGUAGUAACUUAUGUUGUCUUUUGUGUGUGUGUGUUUGUGUUUAUGUGUAUCUAUGUUGUGUGUGUGUGGGCACGUGCGUGUGUGUGGUUGUGUAUCUAUGUUGUCGUGUGUAUGUGUGCGUGUGUCCUCCAGAUGAUUGACCUGGGCCUACUUCUGCACGACGGCUCCUACUUCCGUGACCUGUGGAAUAUUCUGGACUUCAUCGUGGUGGUGGGAGCUCUGAUCGCCUUCGCUCUGACGUGAGUCACAACGCUUCUGGUGCUGGAUUAGUAAUCACACUGACUCACCGACUCACAUCUUUAUAUACUGCACUGUAGCAAAUCUCAAAAUAUAUAAAACUAAGUGUCUGACAUGCAUCUUCUGGUUGAUGCCUCAUGCAGUGAUAUAAAUAUUACAUUUCCUAUGUCUUUGUUUUAACCCUUUCCCCUCUGACAGGUGAACAUGUUAAUUAACUUUCAGUCUCUUGUAGGCUAACAGACUAAUAACGUAAUCAAGUAGCUAGCUAGCGCUCACAAGAUUUAGUUCUGGGUUGCGAGAUUAAUUAACUUGUGCUUCUCCCCUGCCUUAUACACUGCUCAAAAAAAUAAAGGGAACACUUAAACAACACAAUGUAACUCCAAGUCAAUCACACUUCUGUGAAAUCAAACUGUCCACUUAGGAAGCAACACUGAUUGACAAUACAUUUCACAUGCUGUUGUGCAAAUGGAAUAGACAACAGGUGGAAAUUAUAGGCAAUUAGCAAGACACCUCCAAUAAAGGACUGGUUUUGCAGGUGGUGACCACAGACCACUUCCCAGUUCCUAUGCUUCCUGGCUGAUGUUUUGGUCACUUUUGAAUUCUGGCGGUGCUUUCACUCUAGUGGUAGCAUGAGACGGAGUCUACAACCCACACAAGUGGCUCAGGUAGUGCAGCUCAUCCAGGAUGGCACAUCAAUGCGAGCUGUGGCAAGAAGGUUUGCUGUGUCUGUCAGCGUAGUGUCCAUGGCAUGGAGGCGCUACCAGGAGACAGGCCAGUACAUCAGGAGACGUGGAGGAGGCCGUAGGAGGGCAACAACCCAGCAGCAGGACUGCUACCUCCGCCUUUGUGCAAGGAGGAGCAGGAGGAGCACUGCCAGAGCCCUGCAAAAUGACCUCCAGCAGGCCACAAAUGUGCAUGUGUCUGCUCAAACGGUCAGAAACAGACUCCAUGAGGGUGGUAUGAGGGCCCGAUAUCCACAGGUGGGGGUUGUGCUUACAGCCCAACACCGUGCAGGACGUUUGGCAUUUGCCAGAGAACACCAAGAUUGGCAAAUUCGCCACUGGCGCCCUGUGCUCUUCACAGAUGAAAGCAGGUUCACACUGAGCACAUGUGACAGACGUGACAGAGUCUGGAGACGCCGUGGAGAACAUUCUGCUGCCUGCAACAUCCUCCAGCAUGACCGGUUUGGCGGUGGUUCAGUCAUGGUGUGGGGUGGCAUUUCUUUGGGGGGCCGCACAGCCCUCCAUGUGCUCGCCAGAGGUAGCCUGACUGCCAUUAGGUACCGAGAUGAGAUCCUCAGACCCCUUGUGAGACCAUAUGCUGGUGCGGUUGGCCCUGGGUUCCUCCUAAUGCAAGACAAUGCUAGACCUCAUGUGGCUGGAGUGUGUCAGCAGUUCCUGCAAGAGGAAGGCAUUGAUGCUAUGGACUGGCCCGCCCGUUCCCCAGACCUGAAUCCAAUUGAGCACAUCUGGGACAUCAUGUCUCGCUCCAUCCACCAACGCCACAUUGCACCACAGACUGUCCAGGAGUUGGCGGAUGCUUUAGUCCAGGUCUGGGAGGAGAUCCCUCAGGAGACCAUCCGCCACCUCAUCAGGAGCAUGCCCAGGCGUUGUAGGGAGGUCAUACAGGCACGUGGAGGCCACACACACUACUGAGCCUCAUUUUGACUCAUUUUAAGGACAAUACAUCAAAGUUGGAUCAGCCUGUAGUGUGGUUUUCCACUUUAAUUUUGAGGGUGACUCCAAAUCCAGACCUCCAUGGGUUGAUAAAUUUGAUGUCCAUUGAUAAUUUUUGUGUGAUUUUGUUGUCAGCACAUUCAACUAUGUAAAGAAAAAAGUAUUUAAUAAGAUUAUUUCAUUCAUUCAGAUCUAGGAUGUGUUAUUAUAGUGUUCCCUUUAUUUUUUUGAGCAGUGUAUAUACUUAUGACUGUGUGUUGAUUUCUCUGUUGUGGAUAUAGCUGUAACUGUGAUCCUCAUUGUGUAUCUCUAUUUAUGCUUCUAUUUCUCUGUUGUUCCUGGGGAAUUUAUCACUGUUGGGGCUUCCAGGAAUGUGAUUGGGUAAAGCAAACACUUCUCACUCUCAUACUUGUCAUGUACAAUUUGUCAUACACUUCUCAUAGAAUUCUCAUGUACUUCCCAUACUUCUUGUACACAAUUCACCAUGUCUUUUGUCAGAUACUUCUCACUCAGCUACGAAACUUUAAAGUACUGAAUACAAAUGAAUUCAUAUUACUCUGGUAAUCUUCUUUAUAGUAUUGUUUUUCAUCAAAAGAUGGAGAUAUUUUUUGUUAAUGUGUGUGUGUGUGCGUGUGUACGUGCACUCGCUCGUGCAUGUGUGCGUGCAUGCAUGUGUGUCUUCUGUCCCCACAGUACACUAAAACACAUCUCUAUAUCAACAGGAACCACAAAGGCAGAGACAUCAAGACCAUCAAGUCCCUCAGGGUCCUGAGAGUCCUACGACCUCUGAAGACCAUCAAGAGACUCCCCAAACUCAAGGUACUGUACUGUGUAUAUGUUCAUAUAUAUUCAUCUGCCAACAUGUCAAUGUUUAGUUGACCUUGGCUUCUUCAUUAAAAUGAAUGAAAUCUUUCAAGGAAUUUCCAGUGAAUGUGGGUUUUUACCUUCGAUCUGUGCUACCAUGUCAUUAUGUUAUCAUCUCUCCUCCUCCUAUACAGGCAGUGUUUGACUGUGUGGUGACGUCCCUGAAGAACGUCUUCAACAUCCUCAUCGUCUACAAGCUCUUCAUGUUCAUCUUCGCUGUCAUCGCCGUGCAGCUCUUCAAGGGAAAGUUCUUCUAUUGCACCGACAGCUCCAUUGACACAGAGAAGGAGUGCCAGUGAGUCAAACACACAGAUAUACACACUGACUGCUGCCCCCACUUACAGUACACCCACUGGAAUAAACAAAGACAUACAACACAUUGAUCUUACUAAUUUAUCUCUUCAUAAUCUAAUGAAGAAAUAAAUAUAAUUAAGUCGUGAUCAUCCACACACCACCCAUUUUGUGAGUGAUCAGAGGAAUCCCAACCUCUGGCUCUGUCCCCUAACCUCCAUUCUGUUUCCUACAGAGGUUACUACAUAGACUAUGCUCGAGACAAGAAGGAAUUGAAGAAGAGGGAGUGGAAGAGACAUGAGUUCCACUAUGACAAUGUCUGCUGGGCUCUGCUCACCCUCUUCACCGUUUCCACAGGAGAGGGCUGGCCGCAGUGAGUCCCUGAUGUUCCCAGCACUAUACUCUUAGAAAAAAGGGUUCCAAAAGGGUUCUUCGACUGUCCCCAUAGGAUAACCCUUUUUUGUUCCAGAUAGAACCCUUUUUGGUUCCAGGUAGAAUGCUUUUGGUUUCCAUGUAGAACCCUCUGUGAAAAUGGUUCUUCAUGGAACCCAAAAGGGUUCUUCCUGCAACCAAUAGGGUUCUACCUGGAACCAAAAAGGACUCUUCAAACGGUUCUCCUAUGGGGACAGCCGAAGAACCCUUUUAGGUUCUAAAUAGCACCUUUUUUUCUAAGAGUGUAUGCUCUAACACCAAAUGAAUGCCAUUUGAUAGGGGAUUCAGAGAGACCGUUUUGAUAUUAGUCUCUCUCUCUCUCUCUCUCUCUCUCUCUCUCUCUCUCCAGGGUCCUGCAGCAUUCUGUGGACGUGACAGAGGAGGACAGGGGUCCAAGUCGGGGCAACAGGAUGGAGAUGUCCAUCUUCUACGUCGUCUACUUCGUGGUCUUCCCUUUCUUCUUUGUCAACAUCUUCGUCGCUCUCAUCAUCAUCACCUUCCAGGAACAGGGGGAUAAGAUGAUGGAGGAGUGCAGCUUGGAGAAGAACGAGGUACAGGACAGAAAAGCGGCAUACAAAUGCACUCCCAGUCUACUGUAGCUUGAACAUACUUAACUCAUACACACAUUCUUACAAUACAAACACAGAAAGCAUUAGACCUAUCACUAAAAGCUUCAGUCAUACAAAAGUUAUACUUAAAUCCGAACUGGUUCUCUAGCAAAUUAGUAAGAUUGUCUCAACCCAUGUUCAAGAAUGGCCUUUUUCCCUUUAUUCAGAUUACAACCUCUCACUUUCAGUUAUUUGAAAAGGAAAUAAUCUCCCAAAUAUCACUAUUUCUAAAACAAGCCAUAGAAAGUUGGUUGCAAUUUCAAUUUAAUCCUUCAGAAACGACAGAACAAAUAAUGCAACAAAUAUUGUGGUUAAACUCAAAUAUACUAAUUGAUAAGAAAACAUUAUUUUUUUAAAGAAUGUUUAAAAAAGGUAUAAUCUUCGUAAAUUAUAUCAUAGGUAGGACUGGUGGAGUGAUGUCGCACAUGCAGCUAACAAAAACAUAUGGAAAUGUCUGCUCUACCCAAAAUUACAACCAAAUAAUAGCAGCAUUACCGCAAAAAUGGAAGAGGAAAGUGGAAGGGGGAAAAAGUAAAGAACUUGUCUGUCGGCCCUGCAUUAAAGAACAUAAUUGGUUAAAGAAAAUUGUGAUAAAUAAAAAAAGUUUACCAGUUUCAUUUAAGGACCAAAGGAUUGACAGGAGGGUUAACUCCUGUCUCAGCUCCUCCUGUUGCCUGGCCAGCUCCUCUCUCCGUGCAUCCACAAAUUCCUUCUCCCUUUGGGCCUCCUGCAGCGCCUCCUUCUGAAGUGAGAGCUCCUGCUCCCUCUUCUCUAACAGCCCCCGUAAUGUGGUGGCCUCCUCUCUCAUACUGCUGAUCCGCAGGUCUUGGAGGACCUCUACAAUAGCGGCCUCCUCCUCCACAGUCAGCCCUUUCACUGCCUCCUGCUGCUUCGUCGACCACCCCGUGUGCUUCCGCAAAACAUUUUCUUGGGGUUGCCUCUCGGAGUCGCCGUCAAUCCUCUCCUACCUGGGCUUCUACCAUCGCCCAGGGUCCUUUCACAGCAAAUAUCUCCUCCCAAGACCACAUCUUCCCCACCUGUGUCCAGGGUGUUUGCUCCUCCUGGGCACGCUGCUUGGUCCGUAUGUGGUGGAAUCUUCUGUCACGUUCGUUGAGUACAGAAUUGGCCCAAGGUGCAGCGUGGAAUGCAUACAUGUUUAUUAACGAAGUUACACACGACAAAACAAUAAAAGCAACAUAACGUGAAGCUCACAAUGGCUACACACAAACAAGCCAAACAAGAGUCAAGAUCCCACAACAUAGGUAGGCAAAAUGGCUACCUAAGUAUGAUCCCCAAUCAGAGACAACGAUCGACAGCUGCCUCUGAUUGGGAACCACACCCGGCCAACAUAGAUCUACAAACAUAGAAUGUACACAUAGAAAUACACACCCUGACCAAACCAACUAAAGAAAACCGGUCUCUCAAGGCCAGGGAGUGACACUUAAGGACAACAAAGUCAAGGUAUUGGAGUGGCCAUCACAAAGCCCUGACCUCAAUCCUAUAGAACAUUUGUGGGCAGAACUGAAAAAGCGUGUGCGAGCAACAAGGCCUACAAACCUGACUCAGUUACACCAGCUCUGUCAGGAGGAAUGGGUCAAAAUUCACCCAACUUAUUGUGGGAAGCUUGUGGAAGGCUACCCAAAACGUUUGACCCAAGUUAAACAAUUUAAAGGCAAUGCUACCAAAUACUAAUUGAGUGUAUGUAAACUUCUGACCCACUGGGAAUGUGAUGAAAGAAAUAAAAGCUGAAAUAAAUCAUUCUCUCUAAUAUUAUUCUGACAUUUCACAUUCUUAAAAUAAAGUGGUGAUCCUAACUGACCUAAGACAGGGGAUUUUUACUAGGAUUAAAUGUCAGGAAUUUAUCAGCAACCAUCAGUCCUGUGUUCCAAUGGCAUGUUGGGUUUGCUAAUCCAAGUUUAUCAUUUUAAAAGGCUAAUUGAUCAUUAGAAAACCCUUUUGCAAUUAUGAUAGCACAGCUGAAAACUGUUGUGUUGAUUAAAGAAGCAAUAAAACUGGCCUUCUUGAGACUAGUUGAGUAUCUGGAGCAUCAGCAAUUGUGGGUUCGAUUACAGGCUCAAAAUGGCCAGAAACAAAGAACUUUCUUCUGAAACUUCUUGUUCUGAGAAAAGAAGGCUAUUCUAUGCGAGAAAUUGCCAAGAAACUGAAGAUCUCGUACAAUGCUGUGUACUACUCCCUUCACAGAACAGCGCAAACUGGCGCUAACCAGAAUAGAAAGAGGAGUGGGAGGCCCCGGUGCACAACUGAGCAAGAGGACAAAUACAUUAGAGUGUCUAGUUUGAGAAACAGGCGCCUCACAGGUCCUCAACUGGCAGCUUCAUUAAAUACAGUGGCUUGCGAAAGUAUUCACCCCCCUUGGCAUUUUUCCUAUUUUGUUGCCUUACAACCUGGAAUUAAAAUGGAUUUUGUGGGGGUUUGUAUCAUUUGAUUUACACAACAUGCCUACCACUUUGAAGAUGUAAAAUAUUUUUUCUUGUGAAACAAACAAGAAAUAAGACAAAAAAACUGAAAACUUGAGUGUGCAUAACUAUUCACCCCUUCCAAAGUCAAUACUUUGUAGAGCCACCUUGUGCAGCAAUUACAGCUGCAAGUCUCUUGGGGUAUGUCUCUAUAAGCUUGGCACAUCUAGCCACUGGGAUUUUUGCCCAUUCUUCAAGGCAAAACUGCUCCAGCUCCUUCAAGUUGGAUGGGUUCCGCUGGUGUACAGCAAUCUUUAAGUCAUACCACAGAUUCUCAAUUGGAUUAAGGUCUGGGAUUUGACUAGGCCUAUCCAAAACAUUUAAAUGUUUCCCCUUAAACCACUCGAGUGUUGCUUUGGCAGUAUACUUAGGGUCAUUGUCCUGCUGGAAGGUGAACCUCCGUCCCAGACUCAAAUCUCUGGAAGACUGAAACAGGUUUCCCUCAAGAAUUUCCCUGUAUUUAGCGCCAUCCAUCAUUCCUUCAAUUCUGACCAGUUUCCCAGUCCCUGCCGAUGAAAAACAUCCCCACAGCAUGAUGCUGCUACAAACAUGCUUCACCGUGGGGAUGGUGUUCUCGGGUGAUGAGAGGUGUUGGGUUUGCGCCAGACAUAGCGUUUUCCUUGAUAGCCUCAUCUGACCAGAAUACCUUCUUCCAUAUGUUUGGGGAGUCUCCCACAUACCUUUUGGCGAACACCAAAUGUGUUUGCUUAUUUUUUUCUUUAAGAAAUUGCUUUUUUAUGGCCACUCUUCCGUAAAGCCCAGCUCUGUGGAGUAUACAGCUUAAAGUGGUCCUAUGGACAGAUACUCCAAUCUCUGCCGUGGAGCGUUGCAGCUCCUUCAGGGUUAUCUUUGGUCUCUUUGUUGCCUCUCUGAUUAAUGCCCUCCUUGCCUGGUCCGUGAGUUUUGGUGGGCGGCCCUCUCUUGGCAGGUUUGUUGUGGUGCCAUAUUCUUUCCAUUUUUUAAUUUUGGAUUUAAUGGUGCUCCGUGGGAUGUUCAAAGUUUCAGAUAUUUCUUUAGAACCCAACCCUGAUCUGUACUUCUCCACAACUUUGUCCCUGACCUGUUUGGAGAGCUCCUUGGUCUUCAUGGUGCCACUUGCUUGGUGGUGCCCCUUGCUUAGUGGUGUUGCAGACUCUGGGGCCUUUCAGAACAGGUGUAUAUAUACUGAGAUCAUGUGACACUUAGAUUGCACACAGGUGGACUUUAUUUAACUAAUUAUGUGACUUCUGAAGGUAAUUGGUUUCACCAGAUCUUAUUUAGGGGCUUCAUAGCAAAUGGGGUGAAUAAAUAUGCACGCACCACUUUUCCGUUAUUUAUUAAUUUUGUAUUAAUUUUUUUUCAUUUCACUUCACCAAUUUGGACUAUUUUGUGUAUGUCCAUUACAUGAAAUCCAAAUAAAAAUCCAUUUAAAUUACAGGUUGUAAUGCAACAAAAUAGGAAAAACGCCAAGGAGGAUGAAUACUUUUGCAAGGUACUGUAGUACCGCAAAACACCAGUCUCAACGUCAACAGUGAAGAGGCGACUCCGGGAUGCUGACCUUCUAGGCAGAGUUGCAAAGAAAAAGCCAUAUCUCAGACUGGCCAUCAGUCGUGUGUUCCAAUGGCACGUUGUGUUUGCUAAUCCAAGUUUAUCAUUUUAAAAGGCUAAUUGAUCAUUAGAAAACCCUUUUGCAAUUAUGUUAGCACAGCCCGAAACUGGCCUUCUUGAGACUAGUUGAGUAUCUGGAGCAUCAGCAAUUGUGGGUUUGAUUACAGGCUCAAAAUGGCCAGAAACAAAUAACUUUCUUCUGAAACUCGUCAGUCUAUUCGUGUUCUGAGAAAUGAAGGCUAUUCCAUGCGAGAAAUUGCCAAGAAACUGAAGAUCUCGUACAACGCUGUGUACUACUCCCUUCACAGAACAGCGCAAACUGGCUCUAACCAGAAUAGAAAGAGGAGUGGGAGGCCCCGGUGCACAACUGAGCAAGAGGACAAAUACAUUAGAGUGUCUAGUUUGAGAAACAGGUGCCUCACAGGCAGCUUCAUUAAAUAGUACCCGCAAAACAACAGUCUCAACGUCAACAGUGAAGAGGCGACUCCGGGAUGCUGACCUUCUAGGCAGAGUUGCAAAGAAAAAGCCAUAUCUCAGACUGGCCAAUAAAAAGAAAAGAUUAAGAUGGCCAGUCUGAGAUAUGGCUUUUUCUUUGCAUCUCUGCCUAGAAGGUCAGCAUCCCGGAGUCGCCUCUUCACUGUUGACGUUGAGACUGGUGUUUUGCUGGUACUAUUUAAUGAAGCUGCCAGUUGAGGACCUGUGAAGCAUCUGUUUUUCAAACUAGGCACUCUAAUGUAUUUGUCCUCUUGCUCAGUUGUGCACCGGGGCCUCCCACUCCUCUUUCUAUUCUGGUUAGAGCCAGUUUGCGCUGUUCUGUGAAGGGAGUAGUACACAGUGUUGUACGAGAUCUUUAGUUUCUUGGCAAUUUCUCGCAUUGAAUAGCCUUCAUUUCUCAGAACAAGAAUAGACUGACGAGUUUCAGAAGAAAGUUAUUUGUUUCUGGCCAUUUUGAGCCUGUAAUCGAACCCACAAUUGCUGAUGCUCCAGAUACUCAACUAGUCUCAAGAAGGCCAGUUUUAUUGCUUCUUUAAUCAACACAACAGUUUUCAGCUGUGCUAACAUAAUUGCAAAAGGAUUUUCUAAUGAUCAGUUAGCCUUUUAAAAUGAUAAACUUGGAUUAGCAAACACAACGUGCCAUUGGAACAAUAUUCCAUUAAAAAUAAAAAAUUAAAAAUAAAAAAUUACCCAGGAUUUCAUGAAAUUAAUUCACCUAUAAUAACCAUCUUGGUAACUCAAUCAGAUAUACACUUUUCAUUGAUCACAAUAAUCGUAACAAUUUAAUUCCUGAUUUAUUUAUCUUCUUUUUAUUCUCUCUCCGUCAGAGGGCAUGCAUUGACUUUACCAUCAGUGCCAAGCCCCUGACGUGCUACAUGCCUCAGAACAGACAGACCUUCCAGUACCGGCUGUGGCACUUUGUGGUGUCACCAUCGUUUGAGUACACAGUGCUGGUCAUGAUCGCCCUCAACACUGUGGUGCUCAUGAUGAAGGUAUGGAACCUAUAUAUUUUUAACACAGCUAUACAUGACAAUAUGUGCAGGCCUUUGUAAGAAUCUAGUUUCACUCUCAAAGUCUCUAAUCCGUAGGAGAAAGCCCAAUGUAACCGUGUUUGUCUGAUAACAGUUUAAUAUUACACAUCUCUGACUCUUCCUAUUAAAUAUGUUACCCUCUUCUUUGCCAUCGCUCUACGGAGGUUGACAUUUAUUGUCAUGAGUUGUGCCCUGGAGGCAGAACUGAGAGGUUUCUACUAGAUGGGCCUGCUGCAAAGUCAAAAUUGGCUAUAUUGUAAAGAUUGGUUAAAACAAAAAUUUGCUUUUUGGUCUUAAUUUAAGGUUAGAGUUAGGCAUUAGGGUUAGCAGUGUGGUUAAAGUUAAGGUUAGGUUAUAUUUAAAAUCAAAUUGUAUGACUUUGUGGCUGUGCCAGCUAGUAACCACUCUGCAGAGCUGCCUCCAGUACAUGAGUCAUCUCAAUAAAUGCCAACCUGCUCACUGUUUGAUACAUCUGGUCUUACCCUGACUGUGUCCUCUUUAUCUACAGUACAACUCCGCUCCAGCAGCGUAUGAUACGGUAUUGAAGCACCUGAACACAGCCUUCACCGUUCUCUUUUCCCUGGAGUGUAUCCUCAAGAUCAUGGCCUUUGGUUUUGUGGUAAGCAAGACAAUAGGACAUUAGUGAACUGUUGGUAAAAUGUAAUUAACUGAUCCAAUGACAUGGUAGCAUGUUCAGAUAUAUCCUUUCCAUUCAAGAACGAAGCCUUGCUAUUGUCGAAUGGUGUUCAUUUGCCCCCUGACAGAACUAUUUUCGAGACACUUGGAACAUUUUUGACUUCAUCACCGUGCUCGGCAGCAUCACUGAGAUCGUUGUGGAUUUACAGGUAAUGUUUCGCUCUAGCUCAUUAACCUUUACUUUAUAACCAUUCUGAUCCAGGAGCUUGUAGUCCUGUAAAGCUUUUUCUCUCAGUAGAAACUAGGCUAUUAAAGUUGUAAACUCACUUGUUCACUUGAGCACCUUUCAAUCAAAUCUAUCUCUAUAUGUCCCAAUCUGCCUAUGUGCUGUCUUUGCCUUUCUCUAACACCUUCUCUCUCCCCGGACCCUUCUCCUUUCUGUAUAUUCCUUGCCCUCUCCACCUCUCUAUAUUUCCUGUGGUCUGUCUAUCUCAGUCAAUAAACACGUUCAAUAUGAGUUUCCUGAAGCUGUUCCGGGCUGCCAGGCUGAUCAAGCUGUUGAGGCAGGGCUACACCAUACGAAUCCUGCUCUGGACCUUCGUGCAAUCGUUUAAGGUCAGCCAUGUUCUCCCCUACUUUUACCAUCUUUCGUCCACUUAAAAAAUAUCCAACUUUGUUAACAUAAAUGGUUUUUUGUCUUUAUUUUGUGUGUCCCUUGUCCCAGUACACUUCGAUGGACCUACAGCAGUGGUCACCAACCUUUUCUGAGUCAAGAUCACUUUCGCAGUCAAAAAGCAAGCCGAGAUCUAUCAUUAAACUAAUAUAAACAGUUCUGUAGGAAUUAGGUUUGUGCAGUAGGCCUAAUACAUUUUCACAGCAUAUUGGCUAUAUGCCUGGCCUGCAAACAUUGUUCUUCUCAGACCAUAUUAUAUUUCAAAACUCGAGCUUUGAUAACAAAAUAGAUCAGUUGGUGUAGCACUUGCGAGGCACAGCUGAGCAUAAAUUGAAAUAAUUUGCUAAUAACUAAUUUUUUUAUUUUACUGGACUGAUGGUACCUGCAUCUGAUGGUCAUGGUGCUUUCAAGACAACUGGGAACUCUGAAAAAACUAGGUCAAAUCAUGAUGUCAGUGAACUUCCGGUCGGAAAGUCGACGCUCUAGAAAGAUGCCCGAAUUUCCGAGUUGGAUGACCGUUCAAAAUGAUUUUACCCAGUUGGAUCUCAUUUUAUCCCCAGAGUUCACAGUUGUCUGGAACGCACUGAAGUCGGAAGUCGGAGAUUUCCAAGUUCCCAGUUUAUUAGAACACGUCAUUAGUCCCAGCGGAGGGAGGGAGAGAGCAACAGAGGGUCCUCGUCUCACGGUCCCUGUUCUCUCCUUCCUUUCCUCCGGUGAGACUGACCAGAGAGGGGACAGUCUUCCACCUGAUGACGAAACUCGAGUUGCACCGCAUCUGCCUAAGCCACAAAUUAAUGUUGUCCCUAUGAUCAGAGAAAGUGAAAUACUCUUCGAUAUUAAAAUAGACACGACGAGCUGCUAAUAAUAAAAACGCAAGGUUAUCGAUACACUUGGUUACUCAUUCAUUGCCGCUGCAGCGCGAGUGGAAGUAGAGAAAAGCAUGUUUUAUGUUUUGCAAUAGUGUUGAAUAAUAAACAGUGUUGACAGUGCUGGAUAAAAUUUAUACAUGAACUCACUCAUAAAAACAGCAGCUCUUUGCUGUAUUUGACAGUCUCUCUCUGGUCAAUUUUUUAAAAAUUAUGAAAUCUCACAUAGGCUAGUAUCAAACUUUGCUGUGGCCAGGGUCAUGGAAGCUGUAGGUAGGCACAGUGACUUGAGCUAUCCAAUUGGUCAGCACAGUAGGUGCACUCAAUUUAAUCACAGAUCUCCGGGUCCGCCGGGUAGGCAGAGUUUGUAUUUUCAGACAAAUGAAAUGGUUCAAAAGGGGAACACUUUGCUUACCCGGUGAGCAGGGCUUCAGAAUCAAGUGCAUCUGCCGUCAACAGUGCAACACAAAAAAAAGGUGCGCAAGCCUUUAUGGCUUUUCUACAGAUAUGUUUGGUGAUCGACUAGGAAUGUCUUGACAAUCGACCAGUCUGGUUGGUGACCACUGACCUACAGUAUGCUGCUAAAGUGUAUGUUAUUGGGAAAACCAAAUAAAUAUUUAUCUCUUUGUAUCUCUUCUUCUCUCUAGGCCCUUCCUUAUGUUUGUCUGCUCAUCGCCAUGCUGUUCUUCAUCUAUGCCAUCAUUGGGAUGCAGGUAAAGCAUCCAAAGCUUAUACAGUGGGGGAAAAAAGUAUUUAGUCAGCCAGCAAUUGUGCAAGUUCUCCCACUUAAAAAGAUGAGAGAGGCCUGUAAUUUUCAUCAUAGGUACACGUCAACUAUGACAGACAAAUUGAGGAAAAAAAAUCCAGAAAAUCACAUUGUAGGAUUUUUAAUGAAUUUAUUUGCAAAUUAUGGUGGAAAAUAAGUAUUUGGUCACCUACAAACAAGCAAGAUUUCUGGCUCUCACAGACCUGUAACUUCUUCUUUAAGAGGCUCCUCUGUCCUCCACUCGUUACCUGUAUUAAUGGCACCUGUUUGAACUUGUUAUCAGUAUAAAAGACACCUGUCCACAACCUCAAACAGUCACACUCCAAACUCCACUAUGGCCAAGACCAAAGAGCUGUCAAAGGACACCAGAAACAAAAUUGUAGACCUGCACCAGGCUGGGAAGACUGAAUCUGCAAUAGGUAAGCAGCUUGGUUUGAAGAAAUCAACUGUGGGAGCAAUUAUUAGGAAAUGGAAGACAUACAAGACCACUGAUAAUCUCCCUCGAUCUGGGGCUCCACGCAAGAUCUCACCCCGUGGGGUCAAAAUGAUCACAAGAACGGUGAGCAAAAAUCCCAGAACCACACGGUGGGACCUAGUGAAUGACCUGCAGAGAGCUGGGACCAAAGUAACAAAGCCUACCAUCAGUAACACACUACGCAGCCAGGGACUCAAAUCCUGCAGUGCGAGACGUGUCCCCCUGCUUAAGCCAGUACAUGUCCAGGCCCAUCUGAAGUUUGCUAGAGUGCAUUUGGAUGAUCCAGAAGAGGAUUGGGAGAAUGUCAUAUGGUCAGAUGAAACCAAAAUAUAACUUUUUGGUAAAAACUCAACUCGUCGUGUUUGGAGGACAAAGAAUGCUGAGUUGCAUCCAAAGAACACCAUACCUACUGUGAAGCAUGGGGGUGGAAACAUCAUGCUUUGGGGCUGUUUUUCUGCAAAGGGACCAGGACGACUGAUCCGUGUAAAGGAAAGAAUGAAUGGGGCCAUGUAUCGUGAGAUUUUGAGUGAAAACCUCCUUCCAUCAGCAAGGGUAUUGAAGAUGAAACGUGGCUGGGUCUUUCAGCAUGACAAUGAUCCCAAACACACCGCCCGGGCAACGAAGGAGUGGCUUCGUAAGAAGCAUUUCAAGGUCCUGGAGUGGCCUAGCCAGUCUCCAGAUCUCAACCCCAUAGAAAAUCUUUGGAGGGAGUUGAAAGUCCGUGUUGCCCAGCGACAGCCCCAAAACAUCACUGCUCUAGAGGAGAUCUGCAUGGAGGAAUGGGCCAAGAUACCAGCAACAGUGUGUGAAAACCUUGUGAAGACUUACAGAAAACGUUUGACCUGUGUCAUUGCCAACAAAGGGUAUAUAACAAAGUAUUGAGAAACUUUUGUUAUUGACCAAAUACUUAUUUUCCACCAUAAUUUGCAAAUAAAUUCAUUAAAAAAAUCCUACAAUGUGAUUUUCUGGAUUAUUUUUUCUCAUUUUGUCUGUCAUAGUUGACGUGUACCUAUGAUGAAAAUUACAGGCCUCUCUCAUCUUUUUAAGUGGGAGAACUUGCACAAUUGGUGGCUGACUAAAUACUUUUUUUCCCCACUGUAUAUUUCUAUCCAGUCAGAUAAAUACUCCAAACAGCCUACCCGACCGCUCGGAGGCGUCCACAUGGUCCUAAAGCAUACCGUUGCCUCGUUUUGUAUCACAUUCCAAUGAUAAAACUGGGGGGGGGGGGGGGGGGGGGGGGGGGGGACAAACAUGCAAUUCCCCCCAUCCCCAGGGAAAGUUGCACCCCUGUAAUCUAAGUUUUAGUCAAAUGUUAUAUCUGUUUGGGCUUCUUGGACAUUUUUGGUAAUUACUGGAUGUUCCGGCCCCCUGACCACCCGCUGCUGAAUCUAGUUGAUGUUCCCUGCCUUUGAGGCUGAAGUUACCAUUGUUAAGCAUACAGUGGGGAAAAAAGUAUUUAGUCAACCACCAAUUGUGCAAGUUCUCCCACUUAAAAAGAUUAGAGAGGCCUGUAAUUUUCAUCAUAGGUACACGUCAACUAUGACAGACAAAAUGAGAAAAAAGAAUCCAGAAAAUCCUUCGUUGCCCGGGCGGUGUUUGGGAUCAUUGUCAUGCUGAAAGACCCAGCCACGUUUCAUCUUCAAUGCCCGAUGGGCUGUGUACAUGUGCAGUGAUCGGUAAGGUGCUCUGACAACUGAUGCUUAAAGUUAGUGAGGGAGAUAAGAGUCUCCAGCCUCAGAGAUUUUUGCAAUUCGUUCCAGUCAUUGGCAGCAUAGAACUGGAAGGAAUGGCGGCCAAAGGAGGUGUUGGCUUUGGGAAUGACCAGUGAGAUAUACCUGCUGUAGCGCAGACUACGGGUGGGUGCUGCUAUGGUGACCAAUGAGCUAAGAUAAGGCGGCGAUUUGCCUAGCAGUGAUUUAUAGAUGGCCUGGAGCCAGUGGGUUUGACGACGAACAUGUAGUGAGGACCGGCCAACAAGAGCAUACAGGUCACAGUGGUGGGUAGUGUAUGGGGCUUUGGAGACAAAACGGAUGGCACUGUGAUAGACUACAACCAAUUUGCUGAGUAGAGUGCUGGAGGCUAUUUUGUAAAUGACAUCGCCGAAGUCAAGGAUCGGUAGGAUAGUCAGUUUUACGAGGGCAUGUUUGGCAGCAUGAGUGAAGGAGGCUUUGUUGCGAAAUAGGAAGCCGAUUCUAGAUUUAACUUUGGAUUGGAGAUUCUUAAUGUGAGUCUGGAAGGAGAGUUUACAGUCUAACCAGACACCUAGGUAUUUGUAGUUGUCCACAUACUCUAGGUCAGACCCGUCGAGAGUGGUGAUUCUAGUCGGGUGUGGCGGGUGCCAGCAGCGUUCGAUUGAAGAGCAUGCAUUUAGUUUUACUAGUGUUUAAGAGCAGUUGGAGGCUACUGAAGGAGUGUUGUAUGGCAUUGAAGCUCGUUUGGAGGUUUGUUAACACAGUGUCCAAUGAAGGGCCAGAUGUAUACAAAAUGGUGUCGUCUGCGUAGAGGUGGAUCUGAGAGUCACCAGCAGCAAGAGCGACAUCAUUGAUAUACACAGAGAAAAGAGUCGGCCCAAGAAUUGAACCCUGUGGCACCCCCAUAGAGACUGCCAUAGGUCCAGACAACAGGCCCUCCGAUUUCACACAUUGAACUCUAUCUGAGAAGUAGUUGGUGAACCAGGCGAGGCAGUCAUUUGAGAAACCAAGGCUAUUUAGUCUGCCAAUAAGAAUGCGGUGGUUGACAGAGUCGAAAGCCUUGGCCAGGUCGAUGAAGAUGGCUGCACAGUACUGUCUAUUAUCGAUCGCGGUUAUAAUAUCGUUUAGGACCUUGAGCGUGGCUGAAGUGCACCCAUGACCAGCUCGGAAACCGGAUUGCAUAGCGGAGAAGGUACGGUGGGAUUCGAAAUGGUUGGUGAUCUGUUUGUUAACUUGGCUUUCAAAUACUUUCGAAAGGCAGGGCAGGAUGGAUAUAGGUCUGUAACAGUUUGGAUCUAGAGUGUCACACCCUUUGAAGAGGGGGAUGACCGCAGCAGCUUUCCAAUCUCUGGGGAUCUCAGACGUUACUAAAGAGAGGUUGAACAGGCUAGUAAUAGGGGUUGCGACAAUUUCGGCGGCUAGUUUUAGAAAGAAAGGGUCCAGAUUGUCUAACCCAGCUGAUUUGUAGGGGUCCAGAUUUUGCAGCUCUUUCAGAAGAUCAGCUGCUGAAUUUGUGUGAAGGAGAAGCGGGGGGGGGCAUGGGCAAGUUGCAGCGGAGGGUGCAGAGUUGGUGGCCGGGGUAGUGGUAGCCAGGUGUAAAGCAUGGCCAGCCGUAGCAAAAUGCUUGUUGAAAUUCUCAAUUAUUGUAGAUUUAUCGGUGGUGAUAGUGUUUCCUAGCCUCAGUGCAGUGGGCAGCUGGGAGGAAGUGCUCUUAUUCUCCAUGGACUUUACAGUGUCCCAAAACUUUUUGGAGUUAGUGCUACAGGAUGCACAUUGCUGUUUGAAAAAGUUAGCCUUUGCUUUCCUGACUGCUUGUGUAUAUUGGUUCCUAACUUCUCUGAAAAGUUGCAUAUCGCGGGGGCUAUUUGAUGCUAAUGCAGUACGCAACAGGAUGUUUUUGUGCUGGUCAAGGGCAGUCACGUCUGAGGAGAACCAGGGGCUAUAUCUGUUCUUAGUUCUGUAUUUUUUGAAUGGGGUAUGUUUAUUUAAGAUUGAGAGGAAAUUACUUUUAAAGAACAACCAGGCAUCCUCUACUGACGGAAUGAGAUCUAUAUCCAUCCAGAAUACCUGGGCCAGGUCAAUUAGGAAGGCCUGCUCGCUAAAGUGUUUUAGGGAGCGUUUGACAGUGAUGAGGGGUGGUCGUUUGACCGCGGACCCGUUACGGACGCAGGCAAUAAGGCAGUGAUCGCUGAGAUCCUGGUUGAAGACAGCGGAGGUGUAUUUAGAGGGUAAAUUAGUCAGGAUGAUAUCUAUGAGGGUACCCAUGUUUACGGAUUUAGGGUUGUACCUGCUAGGUUCGUUGAUAAUUUGUGUGAGAUUGAGGGCAUCUAGUUUGGAUUGUAGGAUGGCCGGGAUGGUUAAGCAUAUCCCAAUUUAGGUCACCAAGCAGUACGAAUUUUGAGGAUAAAUGGGGGGCAAUCGAUUCACAUAUGGUAUCCAGGGCACAGCUGGGGGCUGAGGGGGGUCUGUAGCAAGCGGCAACAGUGAGAGACUUAUUUCUGGAAACGUGGAUUUUUAGAAGUAGAAGCUCAAACUGUUUGGGCACAGACCUGGAUAGUAUGAUAGAGCUCUGCAGGCUAUCUCUACAGUAGAUUGCAACUCCACCCCCUUUGGCAGUUCUAUCUAGACGGAAAAUGUUAUAGUUGGGGAUGGAAAUUUCAGAAUUUUUGGUGGCCUUCCUAAGCCAGGAUUCAGACACUGCUAGAACAUCAGGGUUGGCGGAGUGUGCUAACGCAGUGAAUAACUCAAACUUAGGAAGUAGACUUCUGAUAUUUACGUGCAAGAAACCAAGACUUUUGCGAUUACAGAAGUCAGCAAAUGAUAGCGCCUGGGGAGUAGGAGUGAUACUGAGGGCUGCAGGGCCUGGGUUAGCCUCUACAUCACCAGAAGAACAGAGGAGGACUAGAAUAAGGAUACGGCUAAAGGCUUUAAGAACUGGUCUUCUAGUGCGUUGGGUACAUAGAAUAAAGGGGGCAGAUUUCCGGGCGUUGUAGAAAAGAUUCAGGGCAUUAUGUACAGACAAGGAUAUGGAAGGAUAUGAGUAAAGUGGAGGUAAACCUAAGCAUUGGGUAACAAUGAAAGAGAUAGUAUCACUGGAGGCACCAAUUGAGUCGGUCUCCGCGUGUAUGGGGGGUGGGACAAAGGAGCUAUCUAAGGCAGGUUUAGCUGGGCUGGGGGAUCUACAGUGAAAUAGUACAAUUAGAAAUAACCGAAACAACAAUAAGCUAACCAUAUUGACAAGGGAGAGAGGCAUAAAGCAAUCACAGGUGUAAUUUGAGAGAGCUAAGACAACAGCUGGUAAUGAUGACACAGUUUGGGCUGAGGCUAAACAUAAACAGGAUGCAGUACCAUAAAAAGGAACAGUCCAGCAGACAUCAGCUGUAUAGCUGAGUUAACAUAAGGUCCGGUGAACAGCAAUAGGAUAGUUCGGAGGUAGUUCGGGGGCUGCUAAAGCACUAGCGAGCAAGAGGGCACGGCUAGCGUGUGCUAGCAGGCCGGGGCUAGCAGAUGGAAUCUUCGUGGUCGACGUCGUAACGGGAAGCCUGUUGUAAAAUCUACCUCAUCAGACGAUUUCGUCGGCAGACCAGUCGUGUAGGAUCGGCUGGGCUCUGUGUCAACACUAGGUGGUCCCGUCCGGUUGACAGAGAGGUAGAUAGCCGGGAGAUGGGCCUAGCUCAGGAUGAUUAGCCAGACCUCAACGUCUUUUUUGUUGCAGCUAGCUGGUAGCGAUGAAUCCGGAGUUAAAGGUCCAGUGAUUCAGUGAUUCCGGCAGAAAAUCCAAUGUUCUGGGUGAAAUAGCUACUGUGGCUAAUAGCAAGUAGCUAGUUAGCUGGCUAGCUAGUUUCAACUGGAGAUUCUAGAUAAAAGGUAAGUCAAUAAUAGAAUCCGUUCCACAUUGAGUGAGGCGGGUUGCAGGAAAGUAUAUUUUGUAGAAGGAUGAAAAGUCUGAUAGGAAAAUAUGUACGAAAAAUACAAAAAAAAACAGGGUAUUUACAGGCUAUUUACAGACACACGACAAAAACAGGAGAUCUUGCGUGGAGCCCCAGAUCGAGGGAGAUUAUCAGUGGUCUUGUAUGUCUUCCAUUUCCUAAUAAUUGCUCCCACAGUUGAUUUCUUCAAACCAAGCUGCUUACCUAUUGCAGAUUCAGUCUUCCCAGCCUGGUGCAGGUCUACAAUUUUGUUUCUGGUGUCCUUUGAUAGCUCUUUGGUCUUGGCCAUAGUGGAGUUUGGAGUGUGACUGUUUGAGGUUGUGGACAGGUGUCUUUUAUACUGAUAACAAGUUCAAACAGGUGCCAUUAAUACAGGUAACGAGUGGAGGACAGAGGAGCCUCUUAAAGAAGAAGUUAUAGGUCUGUGAGAGCCAGAAAUCUUUCUUGUUUGUAGGUGACCAAAUACUUAUUUUCCACCAUAAUUUGCAAAUAAAUUCAUUAAAAAUCCUACAAUGUGAUUUUCUGGAGAAAAAAAAUUCAAUUUGUCUGUCAUAGUUGACGUGUACCUAUGAUGAAAAUUACAGGCCUCUCUCAUCUUUUUAAGUGGGAGAACUUGCACAAUUGGUGGCUGACUAAAUACUAUUUUUCCCCACUGUAUAUAUAUAUACACUACCGUUCAAAUGUUUGGAGUCAAUUAGAAAUGUCCUUGUUUUCGAAAGAAAAAGCAUUUUUUUUGUCCUUUAAAAUAACAUCAAAUUGAUCAGAAAUACAGUGUAGACAUUGUUAAUGUUGUAAAUGGCUAUUGUAGCUGGAAACGGCUGAUUUAUAAUGGAAUAUCUACAUAGGCGUACAGAGGCCCAUUAUCAGCAACCAUCAGUCCUGUGUUCCAAUGGCACGUUGUGUUUGCUAAUCCAAGUUUAUCAUUUUAAAAGGCUAAUUGAUCAUUAGAAAACCCUUUUGCAAUUAUGUUAGCACAGCCCGAAACUGGCCUUCUUGAGACUAGUUCAGUAUCUGGAGCAUCAGCAAUUGUGGGUUUGAUUACAGGCUCAAAAUGUCCAGAAACAAAUAACUUUCUUCUGAAACUCGUCAGUCUAUUCUUGUUCUGAGAAAUGAAGGCUAUUUCUCGGAUUGAAUAGCCUUCAUUUCUCAGAACAAGAAUAGACUGACGAGUUUCAGAAGAAAGUUAUUUGUUUCUGGCCAUUUUGAGCCUGUAAUCGAACCCACAAUUGCUGAUGCUCCAGAUACUCAACUAGUCUCAAGAAGGCCAGUUUUAUUGCUUCUUUAAUCAGCACAACAGUUUUCAGCUGUGCUAACAUAAUUGCAAAAGGGUUUUCUAAUGAUCAAUUAGCCUUUUAAAAUGAUAAACUUGGAUUAGCAAUCACAACGUGCCAUUGGAACACAGGACUGAUGGUUGCUGAUAAUGGGCCUCUGUACGUCUAUGUAGAUAUUCCAUAAAAAAUCAGCCGUUUCCAGCUACAAUAGCCAUUGACAACAUUAACAAUGUAUACACUGUAUUUCUGAUCAAUUUGAUGUUAUUUUAAUGUACAAAAAAAAUUGAUUUUCUUUCGAAAACAAGGACAUUUCUAAGUGACCCCAAACUUUUGUACGGUAUUGUAUGUCCCCCCCACUUCUAAAACCAAAGUUGCGCCCCUGAUCGUUUCAAACAUUUGUAUAUGAUCACUUAUAUCUCUCUAUUAUGCGUCGGAAUACUUUGGAACAGAUUUCCAAAAUUAAAAUCACUUGGAGCUGAUAUGUUAGUGUUUUUACAGUCUUUUAUGUCCAACAAAAAACAAUAUGUUUUUUAAUUUUUUGCUCAGAAAACUUGGGGGGCCGCCAGUUGGGGAACCUUGCUCAAAGGGAUGUUGUAUAAUGGCUUCAUGUUUUUUUCUCACCUGAUCCACAUAAGGUGUUUGGAAACAUCAAACUGAACAAUGAAAACCACAUAAACCAGCACAACAACUUCAAGACCUUCUCCGGUGCACUGAUGCUUCUCUUCAGGUGGGCGCAUUGAGAAGGACUCGCAAGCUGAACUGAGAUAUUCAAAACUAUAAGUAGAUGAUUAUGCUGACUGAUGAUGAAUUAAUAUAUUGGUUAAUGUUUAAUAGACUAAUUGGUUGAUCAAAUCAUUGCUUGCUUGAUUGAUUCAUUAAUUGACUCAUUGAUUUACUCAUUGAUUGACAGGAGUGCGACCGGGGAGUCAUGGCAGGAGAUCAUGCUAUCGUGUCUGGGGGGGCAGGAGUGUGAGCCAGACUCCUCCAUGGCACCCAUGACCAUGUCCCCUGACCACGAGGGAGGCUGUGGUACUGACUUCGCCUAUUGCUACUUUGUCUCCUUCAUCUUCUUCAGCUCCUUCCUGGUGAGGACGCUGCAGAAAUACACAUUUUCUCCUUACCUCCACUAUUUGUCAGUGCUCUUCUCUCCUCUCUCACUCUCACUCUCUCUCUCUCCCUCUCUCUCUCUCUCUCUCUCUCUCUCUCUCUCUCUCUCACUCCCGCUCUCUCUCUCACUCCCUCUCUCUCUCACUCCCGCUCUCUCUGUCCAUCUUACUGAUACACAAAAGUACUUGUUUUAUUGUGCUACACAAAUACACUUUCUCUCCUUAUCUCCACUCUGUCAGCACUCUCUCUCUGUCCAUCUUUCUCAUUCUCAUUCACAAAAGCAGUUAUUUUUAUUGUAUGCAUGCAUAUGUGCACAUCAGUAUAGCACAUACUGUAUAUUUGUACAUACACACAUGCUGUCCUUCACACGUCCUCUCCUCUUGUGUGACUCUGUAGAUGCUGAAUCUGUUUGUGGCUGUGAUCAUGGAUAACUUUGAGUACCUGACCAGAGACUCUUCCAUCCUGGGACCUCAUCACCUGGAUGAGUUUGUCCGUGUCUGGGGAGAGUACGACCGUGCAGCAUGGUGAGAGAGAAGAACCCCACCAUGUCUCAACUUUGCCCAGCAGAGGGCAGUGUAUUGAUUCACUAAAAGCGAAAUAGGCCUAAACUGCCUUAAUUCCUGUGCAAGAUUUGCCAACCUGUUCUGUUUCAAACUUACACAAACUCGUAAUGAAUGCCUUUACCUUUACCUUUUCUCUUCAACUCUCUCUCUCUCCUUCCUCAUCUUCUCUGUUUCCUCGGUAGUGGGCGUAUACACUACACUGCCAUGUAUGAGAUGUUGACCCAUAUGUCUCCACCCCUUGGUCUGGGGAAGAAAUGCCCCAGAGGUAUGGCCUACAAGGUAUGGGAGAAACAGUUAUUUUCUUAUUUUUAAUUUAGGAUAGAGAAAUAUUUAGUUGUUUUACAUAAACCAAGUGAAUGACCUACCCUCCCACCCCCCCUCCCCCCCUCCCCCUGCCCGAAGCUCACCCUCCCUCACUCCCUCACCCUCCGCUCCCUCCUGCACUUCCUUCCUUCCUCGCAUUCCUUCCCGUCGGCCUCCGGGACUUCCGUCUUCCUUCCUUCCGGUGCCGACUGCCUUCCUCCUUAGCCGGACGCGAGGUCCUUAAGAAACUUCCAUCUACUGCGGGAAGGCCCCUUGAAGCUGGUUGCCGCAUGAAGCGAGGAAUGCAAGCUAAACUCGGGAGGCAACGAACGAAACCCCCGAAGCCAAGAAUGAAGCAGCAGGCACAGAAGGAAGGAAGGCAUGCUGAGAGUCCCCAGCCUUCAGGAAGCAGAGCACAAGAACGACAGACUAAGACAAACAAAAGAAGAAGGAAGGAAGGAGACCGGACGGAGGAAGGAAGGAAUGCAGGCAGAGAAGGCCUGGAAGGAACGCUCGAAGAGCCGACGAAGGCAAGCGAGAAGAAAAAAGCAGAAGGAAGAAGCCUAGAAGGCGGGAGGAGAGACGGUAAGGCAGGUCGUGGACGGAAGAGGAAAGAAGGAAGGAAGAAGGAAGGCCGAAGAAAGAAAGAAAGAAGAAGCAAGAACACUGAAGAAGAAUUGAAAUCCUUCAUAGUUUUCUUUCCUACUCCUCUUCCCUCAAUAUCCAUCUCCCACACCUACUCCUCCUCCUCCUCUCCUUCCUCCUCCCUUCCCUCUCCUCUCCCUCCCCUUCUCUUCCUUCCUUCCUUCCUCCAUCCCUCCCUCUCAUCCUUCCUCCCUCCCUCCCUCCCCCUCUCUCCACAGAGGCUGGUGUUGAUGAACAUGCCAGUGGAUGAGGACAUGUCAGUCCACUUCACCUCCACCUUGAUGUCUCUCAUCCGCACCGCUCUGGAGAUCAAGAUCGCACGAGGUCAGGGAAUGAGUUGAGUUUGAAACCACCAUGCAUCACUGCAUCUGCAUGCGUUUAUCCUGUUUAGACUUGGUCUUCCAUAUUGAGCCUGGAGAUCCACACAUCCUAGGACAUGUAGGCUUUUGGUCCAGCCCAUUACUGGUAACACACCUGAUUCAACUUAUAAAUGGCUUGAUGAUUGGUUGAGUAGUUGAAUCAAGAAAUUAAGCAAAAUCAACAAUUUCCACUGCCUGUGUAUAAUGGAUGAAUAAAGAUCUAUUUUAUUCCGCUCCAGGUGGGGAGGACCGAGUAGCUCUGGACACUGAGCUACAGAAGGAAAUCAGUGUGAUAUGGCCGUACCUCCCCCAGAAGACUCUGGAUGUACUGGUGCCCAUCAACAAAGGUCAGACCCACACUAGAGAGAUUUGAAGAGGUAGAGCUGGGAGGCAGUCAGUCACUCAAUGACUAGCAAUCUAACUGUGUUUGUGUCUUACAGAUUCCGACAUGACAGUAGGUAAGAUAUAUGCCUCCAUGAUGAUCAUGGACUACUUCAAACAGAAUAAAGCCAAGAAGCUGAGAGCACAACUGGAAGCACAGGUCAGAUAUGCACACUAUAUAAACAUCAUAUAUACUGUAUAAACCUCACCCCUCUUUUGUAUAAGAUUAUCAUGGCAUCUGAUCUGUUGACACAACCUAGUGCCUGUAGUGAUACAUUGCUUGGUGUGGUCUCCUCUACAGAAGGCCAGCCUGAUGCCGUUCCAAAGGCUGGAUGCCUCGACCCUCUCUGAAGACAUUCUGUACAAUGCCCAGCCCCUGCCCUGCAUGCCCCUCAGUGCCGGCUCCGCCCUGUGAGUCAAUCCACCCUCAGUGUGUGUGUGUGUGUGUGUGUGUGUGUGUGUUUGUGUGUGUGUGUGUGUGUGUGUGUGUGUGUGUGUGUGUGUGUGUGUGUGUGUGUGUGUGGACGUGUUUAACUAUACUUGUGGGGACCAUGGCCCAGAUUCACAAAAAGAAGCUUCUUCAGAAAAAGUUCAUAAGAUAGUUCGUAAGUGCAAUUCCUCAACAAUAUCUUAAGAUUGAUUGAUUUCCUUACAAAUUCUCAAAUAUCUUCUUACAAAUCUUCUUAAGAUGUUUGUUGCUAGGCAACCGUUUUAGGUAGCUAUCUAGCUAGCAAUGGCAAUGAUGUUAGCAUAUUUCUUACUGAGAUUAUUGUUCUAAAACAUGUUCUUGGGUUUAAAAUCAUCAAUACUAAAACUUUCAGAUGAUGUUUGUGAGUGAAUUAAAGAUGUUCAAUUGCUUUCCUGAGCUUUUUCUCUCACUGCCCUGAGUUUAAGACAACAGGUUAGCUAUCUUGGAAUUAAGAACAUUUCCAAUAACUAACUUUUUUUUAAAGAAUCUAAUUUCUUCUUAACUUUUUGCUUAAGGAGAAACACAAGAAAUAGCGCAAGAAAAUUUCCAAUCACCUUUUUGAGGAAUAGCAACUUUGCUUAACUUUCUUCUCAAGUCUAUAGUUAAGGGAAAACAUGGCAGUUAAGAAUACAUUUCUUCUUAAGAAGGUUUUGUGAAUCUGGGCCCAGAAGUCACCACUAGAAUAGUAAAUGAACAAAAAUUUGACCAACUGGGGAUAUUUUGUUAUCCCCACAAGGUCAAAUGCUAUUUCUAGGGGGUUUAGGGUUAAGGUUAGAAUUAGGGUUAGGAGCUAGGGUUAGUUUUAGGGUUAAGGGUUAAGGUUAGGUUUUCAGGUUAAGGUUAGGGUUAGGGUUAAGGUUAGGGUUAGAGAAAAUAGGAUUUUGAAUGGGACUUAAUUGUGUGUCCCCACAAGGUUAGUUGUACAAGACUGUGUGUGUGUGUAUGUUGUGCCUUUAGAAAGUAUUUGUGUUUGACAUUAUUUCCUGUGUGGCUUGCCUCCCUCUGUAGGACCAGAGGAGGCCUGGUGGCAUUGAGUCCUCUCUCCCAGGACCUGUUCACCAUGCAGCCCAUGACUGACCAGGACAUCAGCAGCCAACACUCCAGGGUAAGGACAAGUACCAAGGACAACAUACUGUAGAAACUCAUCACAGGAGUACUGUACAUCACACUAAACUAGCACGGACACCAACACAUACUACACCAACAAAGGAUGCUUUAUAUCAUUUAGUAAGCGUACAAUGAUAGCUCUAUAAGGCCCUUUGCUAGGAACCGAAAGGAAAAAGUCAAAUCACAAUGAUACAGUAGCUAUGGGCAAAAUAUAAAAUACUGCACAAUGAAAGCCUAACCUCCUGCGGUAAAGCUCAAUACCAACCCACACAUAGAUAACAAUGAAUCAAUGACACAUCUAGUAGUAAUGGUUAGGGCCAUUUGUUUUUGUGGGUUUUUUCCUAUUAUUUUGCAGGGAAUACUAUUUGUAGAUCAGUGAUUCUACACCUCACUUUGCUCAAGCUGAUCCUCUCCAAUGGACUCGGAAGUUGUAGCAAAAAAUUGGUUAAUUAGGCUGCGUUUACACAGGCAGCACAAUUUUGAUCUUUUUGACCAAUCACAUCAGAUCUUUUUCAGAGCUGAUCUGAUUGGUCAAAAGACCAAUUAGUGAAAAAAAAGAUCUGAAUUGGCCUGCCUGUGUAAAUGCAGCCAUUUUUAGCUACAACUUCCGAGUCCGUUGGAGAGGAUCGACUUGAGCAAAGUGAGGUGUAGAAUCACUGCUCUACAAAUAGUGGGCUGCCUGUCUAAACGCAGCCCUAGAGGCAGUUUAAGGGGAGAGUCAUUACCACGUUUACAUGCACACCAAUACCCUGUUAUUAUUCGGGAUACUCAAGUAUUCUGUUCUUGAGUUGACACAUAUAAACAUCCAAUCCCGUUUACAAUAACCCGAAAAAGCUUAUAUCACGGUUAUGAGAAACCCGGAUAAGAUGCCUGGGAUAUGCUGAUCUAAGAUGGAACUGUGGCAAAUAAACAUCUUAUCCUGUUAACUGUUUUUUUUAGCGGUCUGCGCAUGCUCAGUUUAACAUAUCAUGCGUAUUGUGUGCUGAUAUUUUCAUCUGAUUGUCAAACAAAUCACUUCAAAAAGUAGGCUACCUGUGCAGUUCAAUUCACCAUAAUAAUUCAAUAAUAAUUUUGCCUACUAAAUUCUAAUUAAUUUACUAUAAUUUACUACUGGCUACUUUCACCCGUAAUUUAGACAAGUUUCUGCUUAUAAUUUCCGACAUUGGCCAUAUUAUAAUUUACGACAUUUGGUAGGACAUUUGUUUGUCAACUAUAGUUUGAUACAUGCAGCUUCUCUUCUGUCAUAACUUGUCACCCCAGAAUACUAAAUAAAGUAGUGCUCACCAGAAUGUCUUACAUCAAUAGAAUGAAUGCAUUGGUGAUCUAGUUAACACCGGUAAUGUUGUCUGUUUCAUUUAGGGACCGGGGAGAAAACGCAAUAACUCCAAAACGGUGGAAAGAUUGGUCCUGUGCAAAAUGUCCAAAUGUCAUCAGUUUGACCGGUUUUAAGGAAAUGAAAAGCUGAGAAAACAACGAAACACCUUUCUGAUAAGACUUCAGUUUAUCUUGGGUGCAUAUUUUAUGUGGUUGAAAUACUGUCUGCUUGUCAAAGAUGAAACGUUACAGGCACAUUUGUCUUUUCUCAAGAGAUGCUGAAAGAAAAAAGAAUUAUCCGCUCGUGUUCCUGAGACAAAAUUAACAGUUGUAUAAUUUCACUGCAAGAAAUGCAUAAUUCUGGUUAAGGUGUUGGCUUGACAGUUGCUGGACCUGGGUUCGAGUCCUGGUAGGGGCUACCCCACGAAUUUGCUACAAAACACUCCCAUGUUUGGUUUAAUUGACUCACCCCUUAAACAGCACCUAAUUUACCAAUUUCUAGCUACACUUCUGAGUCCGUUGGAGAGGAUCAGCUUGAGCAAGGUGAGGUGUAGAAUCACUGAUAUACAAAUAGUAUUCCCUGCCAAAUAAAAGGCAUUUAAUUAAGAUUCAAAGAGCUACGCCUCCCCUGGCUUAGGCGAUCCCCCCCACCAAGCACUCACACACAACCAGACAUUGAUUGAUUGACAACUUGUGUCCAUUAAAGAAGAUUUCCUAGGAUUUUCUACCUGCAGCAAACCUAGUGGGUAAUGCUGGAAAUACCGGUCAAAUAAAAAAAUUCAGAAAAAAACAACUGGCCCUAGUAAUGGUUGAAUGAAGAAACUAGUAGUGCAUCGCAGAGCACGGCAUUGAUGUUUCUAGGUGUUUCUGUCCUUGCCAAGUUGUAGUCCGGUUAGUGGAGGUUUGAAAGGAGAUGUAGGCAUUCUCACUGCUCAUUGUACUAUUUCUAUGCUGUUUGGUUGAACUGGUCAGCAGUGUACUUUUUGCCCUAUAGGAAUGUCACGACUUUGACUCUUGAUAUCUGUUAGUGUUUGCCUUCUUCUAUGUAUAUUUUCACUGGGGAGUAACAUGACUGGCUUUAAGGCAGGUGAACUUGUCCGGCUCAGUAUGUUUGGUGCAUCCAGAUCUGAACUUGCAUUAGUGUGUGUGUAACAACAGCCCAAUAGUUGUUCUGGCCUCUCUCUUCUCAUUUAUUGUUGUAGCAAUGUGCUUAUGACUCUUUCUCCUACUCCUGUUUUGCCCAAUCCUACUGGGGUCAGACUCCUUGUUGUCAUUGGUUGUUAAUCUGUGGCUCUUUGGCUGGAAUGGCUUCUGAUUGGUUGCAGAAAGGCACUCGCAAAUGAUUACGAUGUAACAUUGGCUGAAACCCUCCUUCGCUGGAACCCCAAAAGGCAGUUAGUCCCAGUAUUGAAUUGUCCAGCCUGAUCUGUACUGUACUCUAUCUCUCCCCUUGCCCCUCUCUCUGUCUCUGGUCUCAUAUAGGUGAGUGCAGGGGAGUGCAGUGGGUUGAUUCCUUACCCACUGGAGCUCCCGUUUGGCAAGGGGCUGGGUGUACGGGCCUCCUCCAUGCCCCGUCUGGCUGUAGAGCCACAGGUACUGCCCUCUGACCACACUGACUCCUCCAGGGGCCAGAAGGGCCCUGGGCAGCAAGGGGGCCCCAGAGUGUGACAUGCAUGUCUGUUUGACAGAGGACGAGGACCAGGCUACACUGGUUGUGCCGUUUGGAGAGAAAAAGGGGUUUUAUGUGUCUUCCAUUUGCUGCUGGGUUGUCUGGAGAGGGAUAAUCAACAUGGAUGUUUCAAAGGAAUGCUAGCGGUUCAGAAUGGUGUUUGAUUGAUCCUGGGUUACUGGUAUGUUUUGUCUCUGUCUUGCGCUGAACAAUGAGUUGAAGAGUAAAAUGAUGAGGUUCAAGCAUCCUAGUUGACCUGUUAAUUGCCUGGAAUAGUGAGCAUGGAUAUGAAUUUAAAAAAGAGAAUGCUGCAUGGAUCGACAGAUGGAUGGAUUUCUUCGAAAGUAACACAUCCUAUUUUAUGGUAUUUGUGGGUAUUUGGUUGUCUCCCCCUCUGUGUGCAUGUGCGUGUGUAUGCACGUGCGUGUUUGUGUGUGUGUGUGUGCAGAUGGAGAUGGCCAGUGGCUCUAUGAAGCGUUCCUCGUCCACUGUGGCUGAGGAGAAGAAGAGUCCUGAUAGACUGUACAGACCACGCCACAAGAGCUACAAGUCUGCCGGUCAGUCUCCACUCUCCAAUUUCCACUCAUGUGACCUCUCCUCUCAUCUCUCCCACUGGCAUGAUGAGGGAUGUUACUGUGUGGUUAUUCUAUGCAUGUGUUAAUAUGUCAAGUUUUCUUCCCUGCAUUUUCCCUUUCCUUUCUUAGGUCUUUAUCCUGUAUACAAGUGCCGCUUUUCCUUUUCUUUUAUCCUAAGUGCAUCAAUGUCAACAUACUAUUUAAUGAUCUACAGUGUUUUAAAAAAAUCUAUAUCUAUUUAUCUUGCUGUCCCCCCCCCCCCUCCCCCUCCCCCUCCUCUCUCCUCUCUCCUCUCUCUGUGCUCCUUGCCAUGGUCUUCCUCGUCCUCCUCCAGUGUCCCGGUCAGACAGGAAGAGGCAGUUGGACACGGAGAAGGAGCACGGGAGGUCCAAAGAGCGCCGCCACCUCCUCUCUCCAGACACAUCCCGCUGUAACUCUGAGGAGAGGAGUCUGCAGCCCUCAUGCUCCCCUAGCCGAGAGCGCACACACCCUCUGGACAAACAGGUAGGCCACGGACACACACACACGCACACACACACACUGGAUGCCUUACCAAGGGCACACAUUAAAGAGCCAUACACCACUGGUGUAAACUCUGGUUUAGACAAAGUAGACCACAAACACAUACCCACAUUGGAUACACAAUAGACACUUUUUUUUAAAGGCAGUCAGACAUCUUUAUUAAAUGUGUUUCGACUCCUGUGUCCAGGGCAACAGCUCCGACAGCCCCAUCCCCACCUCUGAAUCUAGUACCCCUAGCCGCCGCCCCCUGUCCCAGACCCCAACUCGCUCCCAUCCCCACAUCUCCUACUCCCCUCUGGUGUGUCGCACGCACCCUCCCUCUGGGGACGAUGAUGACGACAGGGGCAGCCCAGAGACCCAGAGGCGGGGGGAGGCCUCCAGAGAGGAGGCAGGGGGAGAGGGACAGACCGGGGCAAGAGGUCAUCGCCACCACCACCAGCAGUGCUCCACCCCGCGUCGCUACCCGUCGGAGCCCUACCUUGCCCUGCAGGAGGACGAGCACAGUCCUGACCCCUCCGGGUUCAUGGAGACACUGACCUUCGAGGCGGCGGUGGCCACUAGCCUGGGACGCGCUAACACGGUCAGCUCCACCUCCAGCUCUAGCUUCAGCUCGGCCCGAAGGGGCUCCAGGAGCGGUUGGCAGAUCCCCAAUGGACACUUCCGGAAACGCCUGGCUCAGACCGUCUCUGUUGCGGGCUGUGAGCCACUCAGCGACACAGAGGAGGACGACCACUACUAGGAGGAGGAGGAAGUGGUUGUGGAUGAGAGGUGAGGAAGGUGCUAGAGUAAAAUAUGUGCUACAAUAUAAAAGAAAAAGGGACAUUUGUCGCUCUCUUGCAUUACUACUGCAUACCUGUGUGAUUGCAGUAUGUUUGAUAAAAUGUGAGGGGAGAACAAAAAUUAAGAACAUUGUUUUUCACUUCCUG